UAGCUCCAUCCAGUCACCGGCAUAAUCCCGAUUCACAUUCGAUCGACGUCUUGGUUUUAAAGUGUAACUCGGGGAAAUCCAUUUCUUUUCGAUUAUGACUUGACUCUCAAUGAAACCAUAGUUUAAUCCAAAGUUGUUAUAAACCCAGUUUUUGUGUUUUAAUAUUUAUUUAUAAUAAACUAGUCCUAGUCCCGAAAAGAAAUAUCUAAGUUAACGAAAUAGGAAUUAGUGUUUUAUCAGUGUUAUCAUCAGUGCUGAUUGUGCGUGGCCAACAGACGGGAUAUUUAGUCUUUAUGACCUAGUGAUUUUGCAUCUCGCAGACAGAUUCGUAAUUCAUCAUUGGCAAUAAUAAUUUCAAAAAUGAAGCGGCAAACGUCGCAAAAUCAGCAACAGCAGCAGGAGCAGAGGAUGAUACAAGAGCAAUAUACUCAUCACCAUACAGAAAGACAAAUUACAAGACAGGAAAUCGUCAGUCAGCAGAGAGUACAAGGUGAGGUGAUUAUGACAACGACAUCAGCUCCUCGAGUUGCUGGUGGGCCUGGAGAGUCAGCGCCGAUAUUCGAGAAAAUAUUCAAAGAUGCACGAUUUGCUCAAGGAGGCAAUGCCAUUUUUGAGGGACGAGUCCGCGGUAAUCCUAAACCAACUGUCACUUGGACUCAUGAAAAUAAACCACUCCAGCAAUCUCGAAAAGUCCGAAUGUCAUACAAUGAAACAAGUGGUGAUGUAACCCUGCAAAUCAAUCAAAUUGGACCCGGUGAUGAAGGAGAAUAUACUUGCAAUGCUCGAAACCCUCUCGGAGAAGCGAUUUGUGCAGUUUGCAUUCAACCUGAGGGAUUUGGACAAAUGCCGAAGCAAUCUCAAAAAGAUUAUCAGCAGCGCUACUCUCAGACUAUCGACAAACGAUUUAUCAAUGGAUCCACAACGUCAACUACCACCACUACGAUUGAGGAUUUCAAGGUGGACACAUUUGAAUAUCGACUGCUUCGAGAAAAAGACUUUCGUGAAUCCAAUACUCGUCGUUAUGUUGGCGAAACGGAUGCUAUGAUAUCCACAACCGCAGACAGAAAUUUGGGUCCUAUUGCACCACCAGAGUUUGGACAAAAAUUGCGAAGUUCAAAAUUGAUUGAAGGAUCUGACGCAGUCUUCACUACAAGGUUAUCAGGAAAUCCCAAAGUCAGAACUACGUGGUUUAAAGAUGGUCAAAGAGUUAGACAGUCUCAGCGAAUGGAAACUGUUUACUCGAACCAGCAAGCUACAUUGCGAAUUAAAAACGCAACUCAAGCAGAUAGUGGCCAUUACACGCUACUCGCUGAAAACCCUCAAGGAUGUACAGCGAGUUCAGCUUAUCUUGCAAUUGAACCGACCGAUCAAACCGAUUAUGUUCAGAAGGAAUCUGUGAAAACAAUGGAGACUCUCAUGAAUAUUGGUGUGAGUGAUGGCCCUGAUAGUGACAAAGCAUUGGCCCCUAACUUCCUACGAACAUGUGGUGAUCGUGAUGUAACAGAGGGAAAAAUGACAAGAUUUGACUGUCGCGUGACUGGUAAGCCCUAUCCAGAAGUAACAUGGUAUAUCAAUGGAUAUCCCGCGGUAAAUGACGCCACGCACAAAAUUCUGGUGAACGAGAGUGGAAGCAAUUCGCUGAUGAUCACUAAUGUCACACGAUCAGACGCUGGAAUAAUAACAUGUGUUGCCAGAAACAAAGCCGGCGAAACAUCCUUCAAAUGUAAUCUGCAUGUCAUUGAGAAAGAGCAAGUAGUAGCACCCAAGUUCGUAGAGCGAUUCACAACAGCGAACGUCAAAGAAGGUGAACCAGUGGUUUUCAGUGCGAGAGCAGUUGGCACCCCAAUACCUCGUAUAAUUUGGCAAAAAGAUGGUGUGCCAAUAGCAGCUGGACCUGAUGUUUCGAUUACAAAUGACGGUAAUGGAGCCUCAAUUCUCGAUAUACCAUACGCGAAAGUGUCUGAUGCCGCUUGGUAUCAGUGUACCGCCCAAAAUGUUGCUGGAUCAACAGCAACUCGCGCUAGAUUAUUUGUCGAGACCUUCAAAGAAAGCACUACCCCGGAACCAAGACGCCUGAAUUUACCUCGACCGACUAAAGUUAUCGAACCAGAACCUGCACCUGGCCCCGAAGUGAUUUACCUAAGACACGUAGAACGUGCUAAACCCUAUCUCCCUCCAGCCGAGGAAGAUAGAAUUUAUCCACCUCCACGUUUCAUCGUUCCAUUGAAGGAUGUAUAUCAAAUUGAAGGUGGGCGCAUUCGCUUCGAGGCCAGAAUCGAACCGGUGGGCGACCCAACAAUGAGGGUCGAAUGGUAUGUCAAUGGAAAAUCUCUGGAAGCCAGCUCCCGAGCUACAGCCCUCUUUAGGUUCGGCUUCAUCUCACUGGACUUGAUUAGUGUCCUUCUCCAAGAUAGUGGGGAAUACGUCUGCCGCGUUGUAAGUUCCGCUGGUUUCGCCGAAUCGCGUGCUAAUGCCAGUAUUACAGCGCGAGCGACAAUCGAACAAACUAGUCAAUAUCCAGACAGCUUGCAGUAUAUUCAACAGCUUGAGGAUUCCUCUAAAUAUCAAAGACACGAGAGUGUAGAAGAAGUUUCAUCUCAACGACCAGUGUUUAUCCGUCCACUACAGAACCUAGGGGAAUUACAAGAAGGGAGAAAUGCUCAUUUUGAAGCUCAAUUAACUCCCGUCAGUGAUCCCACUAUGAAAGUCGAGUGGUAUAAGGACGGAAAACCAAUUACAGCUAGUUCAAGAAUCACGACAAUCUUCAAUUUCGGUUACGUCUCACUAAACAUCAUGCACCUACGGGUUGAAGAUGCUGGUUCUUAUACAGUACGAGCUGUAAAUCGGUCUGGAGAUGCAAUAAGUACCGGAUCUCUCAAAGUCUUUGCACGCACCAGUGUAACAGGUGACCUCGGAAUCCCUGAGCAACAGAAAUAUAUUGAAGCUACUGAGGAGCUCGAGUCUUAUCAGCAGAAUUUGCAUAAAAAAUAUGUGAUGGAGCAACCAGAGCAAACGAAUCCACCGGAAUUCAAAUCACCAAUUAAAGAUCAAAUUAAUAUUCGCGAAGGAGGAUUUUGUCACUUCGAGGCUCGUUUAGAGCCAGUGAAUGAUCCCGAUCUUAGAGUCGAAUGGCUCAAAAAUGGAUGUCCAGUAGAAGCUAGUUCGAGAAUAACAACAUUUUUCAACUUCGGCUAUGUGGCGCUGACAUUGAAGCACGUUACAAUUCACGAUGUGGGUGUGUAUACGUGUCGUGCCUAUAACAAAGUAGGAGAGGCCCGAACCAAUGCUCAAUUAAGUGUCAUAAGUAAGAACGACAUUAUUUAUGACAGCCAACAUCCGCAAGGUUUACAAAAAAUUCAAAAUCUCGAGGAUUCUAGUCGUUAUUCACGCCAAGUUCAAGAAGACACCCAAAUGAUUGAAAAGCCUCGAUUUUUGGGACCUCUAAAAGGCACCAAUAAAAUCGUAGAAGGACAACGUGCACAUUUUGAAGCGCGAGUCGAACCUCAGAGUGAUUUAACCAUGAAAAUCGAAUGGUAUCACAAUGGCAAACCAAUAACAGCUGCUAAUAGAAUACAAACAUAUCAUGAUUUUGGAUACGUUGCUAUCGACAUACUUCAAGUGCGCUCUGAAGACGCUGGAACUUAUACAGUAAUAGCCAGAAAUCCUGCGGGAGAGGCUCGUCUUCAAGGAACAAUGACCGUUGAAACACGUUCCGAUAUUGAUACUAGUACCAUGCACCGUGGAAUUUACGAGAAGACUCAACGUCUAGAAGAAUCAAAGUUCGUUGAACCUCAAUAUAAUAUUGAAGAGAUUUCAAAAUCUAAACCCAUAUUUGUUCAACCACUGAGUGAUCCGAAACCAGUGAGUGAAGGCAAAAACAUUCACCUUGAAUGCCGUUUGGAACCCAUGGGCGAUCCUACAAUGCGCGUGGAAUGGUUCCACAAUGGACGCCCCGUAACAGUUGGCUCAAGAUUUCGAACUUAUUACGAUUUCGGUUUUGUAGCGCUAGAUAUAGUCCAUGCCAUUGCUUUGGAUUCUGGUGAAUACACUGUCAGGGCGACAAAUCAUCUUGGUAGUGCGCACACUUCUGCUUGUGUCAGAGUUAUCGCUAAAUCGGAUAUUGUAACUGAUACACAAAAUGAACAAUCCCUCGAACAAAUACAGAUGUUGGAAGAUGCCUCGAAAUACAGAAGACACAUUCAAGAAGAUGUAACAGUUGUUCAAGCCCCUCAAUUUACAAGACCACUUCACAACAUUGAAACGGUUGAAUUAACUAAUGUACAUCUCGAGUGCCGGCUUCAACCAGUUGGUGAUGCGUCAAUGAGAGUCGACUGGUUUGUCAAUGGUCAAGCUGUAACGACUGGUCACCGGUUCCGGCCGUCCUACGAAUUUGAUUAUGUUGCUCUCGAUAUCCUUGGAGUUUAUCCUGAAGAUUCAGGAGUUUAUACCUGCCAAGCACGCAAUCAACUUGGUGAAGCUGUAACUUCAUGUUCAGUGCGGGUUCACGCUAAACAACAAUUGCUGUUGGAAAGUCAGCAUCCCGAAGGCCUCGAGAGAAUUCAAUAUUUGGAGGAUGCGUCUAGGUAUAAAAAACGCGAUAUUAUUGAUGAAUGCGUCAAUGUCAAACCUAAAUUCAUUACUGCACCAAAAAAUCAAGAGAAUCUACGAGAAGGUCAGCAUGCACACUUUGAAUGUAAACUCGAACCCGUAACAGAUUCUAACUUGAAGGUAGAGUGGUUCAAAAAUGGACGUCCAGUCACAAUAGGACACCGAUUCCGCCCCAUCCAUGACUUUGGUUAUGUAGCACUCGACGUAAUUGACUUGAUUGCUGAGGAUUCAGGAACUUACACAUGCCGGGCAGUGAAUCUAGUUGGGAGUGAUGAAGUGACUUGUGUCCUGACUUGUCGUUCAACAGCUCAAAUUCUCACAAGCACUCAAAAUGAAACAGGCUUAGAGCGAAUUCAUUACCUUGAGGAUCGGUCUAAGUACCGUCGCCAUGAAGAUAUUGAAGAAACCACAACCCAGGCGCCAAUUUUCACAACGUCUAUCAAAAAUAUAGAAAUUAAAGAAGGCCAACGUGCGCACUUCGAAUGCCGACUCAUUCCUGUGUCCGAUGCAACAAUGAACGUUCAAUGGUUCCACAAUAAUGUUCCAGUCAAAGCUGGGUCACGGUUUGUUGAAACCAAUAGUUUCGGAUUUGUUGCAUUGGACAUUAUGUAUGCCUAUCCGGAAGAUUCUGGUACUUACACAUGUCGUGCUAAGAAUGCUAUUGGAGAAGCUAUGACAUCAGCAACAGCAAUUGUUCACUCGAAAAAAUCGAUUUAUAUGGAGUCGCAAAGAGAGGAAGUUCUCCAGCGUCUUCAGCACUUGGAAGAUAGCUCAAGAUAUCAGAGAAGGCAAGUGCAGGAGGAGAAAGUGACUCAAGCCCCAGUGUUCACCAUGCCAAUCAAGGAUCUUCGCGUUGCUGAAAAUCAAGCUGCCCACUUUGAAGCACGGGUUAUUCCCGUAGGCGACUCUAGACUUAAGGUGGAAUGGCUUCGAAAUGGAGUGCCUAUUGAAGCUUCUAAUCGCGUUACCACGAUGCAUGAUUUCGGAUAUGUUGCAUUAAAUAUGAAAUAUGUAAAUCCCGAAGAUUCGGGGACUUAUACAUGCAGAGCUACCAAUGAUCUUGGCGAAGCUGUGACAUCAGCAACAUUAUUCGUUCAAUCUAAAGCUGCUCUUCAACUUGAAUCACAACAUGAAACUGCAUUGACCAAAAUUCAACAUCUUGAGGAUACAAGUAAAUAUCAGAGGCGCGAAGAGGAAGAGGUGACUACCACGGAAAAGCCUCGCUUCACGGUCAAAUUGAAUGGACCGACAAAUUUGGUAGAGGGACAAAGUGCACAUUAUGAAUGUCGGAUUGAGCCGUAUCCGGAUACAACCAUGAAAGUGGAAUGGUUCCACAACGGUAAGCCACUAUCAACCGGUCAUCGGUACAGAACAACCUGUGACUUUGGUUUUGCAUCGCUGGAUGUUCUGACGGUUUAUCCUGAAGACUCCGGUACAUACACUUGCAAAGCUACUAAUAAAAAUGGAUCUGAGCAAAGUUCAAUUCAAUUAUCCGUUAAAUCUCGAGCAUCAAUUAGCCAUGAGACUCAGCAUGAAAAUGCUCUGAAGAAAAUUCAAUAUUUAGAGGAUGACUCACGUUAUAAACGCGUCGAUCGCGAGGAGGCGAUAAUAGCAGAAAAGCCUAAAUUCGGAAGACCUUUGAAAAAUAUUGAACACUUGCCAGAAGGAAAGAGUGCUCAUUUGGAAGCGACUCUAACACCUGUCAAUGAUCCUACUAUGGUUGUGGAAUGGUAUCGAGAUGGAAAGCCAAUACCACAGGGCCAUAAAUUCAAAACAACUUAUGAUUUUGGUUAUGUGGCGUUGGAUAUUUUGUACGCAUACCCAGAAGAUUCGGGUACUUACAUGUGUAAGGCAAGAAAUGCGGUAGGAGAAGCGGUUACAACUUGUGUCAUCACCGUUGAUUCUAAGCAAUCUCUAUAUCUUGAUACAUUAGACUCUCAAAGAUUGGAAAAGAUUAAACAGCUGGAGACAGUAGAAGUGAAGGAAGUCGCUGAGAAAGAAAUAGUUCAUCAGAAACCCGUUUUCUUGACAGCUCUAAACAAUUUGGAUUACUUGAAAGAAGGUGAGCACGCACAUCUAGAAUGUCGAGUGGAGCCAUUAAAUGAUGCCAAUCUCAAAAUUGAAUGGUUCGUCAACGGUAUUGCGGUCAAAACAGGACAUCGCUUCCGUAAAACUCACGAUUUUGGUUACGUUGCUUUGGAUAUUUUAUACGCAUACUCUGAAGAUUCUGGCACUUAUAUGUGCAAAGCGACAAAUCUCGCUGGCGAGGCUGUUAAUACGUGCACUAUAAAAGUUGGUUCUCGUAGAAAUAUACUCCUAGAUACCCAACAUCCAGACGGAUUAGAGAAAAUUCGUGAGCUCGAGGCUCAAGGACAUCCAGCUCGAUUGGAAGUUGAAGAAGCGCCAUUAGCACCACCAAGAUUUGUAACCGAAUUGCGCGGAACUACCCAAAUAUAUGAAGGUCAAACAGCGCACUUCGAGUGUCAAAUCGAGCCACUACAUGAUGCCAAUUUACGAAUUGAAUUUUACCACAAUGGAAAACCGCUUUCAUCUGCUUCUCGUUUACACGUAACAUUUGAUUUUGGUUACGCCGCACUGGACAUAACUCAUGCCGUACCAGAAGAUGCAGGUGUAUAUUCGGUUCGUGCAAUUAAUGCUUUGGGACAGUGUGAAUCAUCGAUUAAUCUCACUGUCAUCCCACGAGAUAAUAUUAUUCAAGAUUCUCAACGACCAGAGGGCCUCGAAAAAAUUCGUGAAUUAGAAUCGCACGAGCCAUGGAAGAGACCAGAAGUAGCUGAAGCCGUCACCAGACAACGGCCUGUAUUUACCCAACCAUUGCAAAAUAUUGAUGGAAUAAUGGAAGCUCAAACCGCUCAUUUCGAGUGUCGUUUGAUACCCGUUGGAGAUGCAUCUCUCAAAGUUGAAUGGUUUAGAAAUGAAAAACCUCUGGAGGACAGCUCUCGAAUAACAAAAGUUCAUGAUUUUGGAUUUGUCUCGUUAGACAUUGGACAUGUUCGCGAUGAGGAUCAAGGAAUUUACAUGUGCCGUGCAUCUAAUCCACUUGGUGAAGCGGUGACAACAGCUUCGAUGAAAAUUUUAAGUAAAGACAGUAUUCUGAGGGAUACACAACAUCCUGAAGCGCAAAGAAAGAUUGCCCAAUUGGAAGCCGACAAACCCAUGCGGCCUGAUGAACCUGACAAAAAAUUCGACAAGCCUAUUUUCACCCAAUUACUGACAGGCCCCAACGAACUCUGGGAAGGACAAAUGGCACAUUACGAGUGUCGUGUUGUACCUGUUGGAGAUCCUACUCUUCGAUUCGAAUGGUAUAUAAAUGGUGUAGAGCUCAAGAGGGGCUCUCGUUUCCACGUGAAUCAUGACUUUGGAUUCGUUACAUUGGACAUUUCAAAUGUAAUUGCUGAAGACUCGGGUGUGUACUCGUGCAAAGCAAUAAAUGAAUCCGGAGAGGCGAUUUCAUCGAUAUCGUUGAAGGUCAGAGCCAAAUCUGCAAUCGAUAAAGACUCCAUUCAACCCGACGCCUGGCAGAAGAUACAACUCAAAGAGGCAGAAAUGAAUAAAGUUCCUGAAAUGUUUAUCGAUACAACUCCUCAGCAAGCACCAGUCUUCACCACUCAUUUGAAGAGCUAUGAUAAAUUACAAGAAGGCCAGCAUGUGUACUUGGAGGCACAAAUUGAACCGCGUGCUGAUCCCCAUUUACGAACUGAAUGGUUUAAGAAUGGUGUAUCUCUUCAAACCGGAACUAGACUGCGAAGUACAUUUGAUUUCGGGUUAGUGACUCUUUCUAUUAAUGGAUUGAGAGCGGAUGAUUCAGCAAUUUAUACGUGCAGAGCUACGAAUUUACUCGGUGAGGCGGUAUCGACUUGUAGUUUGAAAAUUGAUGAUCGUCACUGGCUUUUGGGUGAUACUCUACAUCCAGAUGCCCUUUCGAAAAUUAGUAAACUAGAAGAGCCAGUAAUAGGAGCACCUGAAGAAUCUGAGCCAACGUAUGAGGAGCCUGUGUUCAUCACACAUCUAAAUAAUGUUGAAUGCACCGAGGGAGACAAUGUUCACUUUGAAUGCAAUGUUGAACCUUCUAAAGAUCCAACUAUGAAAAUCGAAUGGUUUAUUAAUGGCAAGCCUAUUCCAACCGGUGCCCGAUUUAAAUCCACAUAUGAUUUUGGUUACGUUGCAUUGGAUAUUAAUCAUACUUAUGAAGAAGACUCAGGUGUCGUUACAGUCAAGGCCACUAACUCUAAGGGCUCUGCGGUGACUACAGGAACUUUGAAAUGUACAAGCAAACAGAGUAUUUAUCUACAAACUCAGCAUCCUCAAGGUGAAGCUGGUUUAGAAAAAAUACAGGAAGCUGAUGAAGCAAUGCGAAUGAGAUCGAAACGGCCGGAUGAUGCUCCUGACCACCAAUUUGGUAAACCUAUUUGGACUGUACCCCUGCAGCCAGAGUUCAAAUUAAAUGAAACCGAAGCUCUACAUUUGGAAGGACAAGUUGAACCGAAGGAUGAUCCCAACUUGAAAAUUGAAUGGUAUUUCAAUGGCAAGGCAUUGGCACACGGUACUCGCUAUAAAAUGACCAGUGACUUCGGUUUUGUCACAUUAGAUGUUUGCGAUGUUUAUGAGCGUGAUACGGGGAUUUAUACGUGCAAAGCUUACAACAAGUCGGGAGAAGCUUUCACUUCAACAACAGUAUUUUGUACCAGUAAGGAAAGCAUUAUCGAAAAAUCUCAGCAUCCCAAAGGAAAAGAAGGUCUUGAAGCCAUUCAGGACCUUGAAGAAUCUCUCAAGAAGCAGGAUAAGAAGCCAGCCGAUGUAGAUGAAGGCCAUCCACCAGUUUUCACAUCACAAUUUGAAAAUCUUGUGAAUUUAUCAGAAGGUGAAAUCGCUCAUUUCGAGGCAUCUCUGACACCCACCGGUGACCAGACAAUGAAGGUUGAAUGGUUUUAUAAUGGCAAACCACUUGACGCCAGCCAUAGAACACGAACGGUAUACGCCUUUGGAAUGGUUGUCCUGGAAGUUUUGGGAACAAAGAUUGAUGAUUCAGGAACCUAUUCGUGUCGUGCUACAAAUAAAUGGGGCACUGCCGAAAUUUCCGUAGAAUUAGAAUGCGUCGAUAAAUUUAAGGGGCAAAAACCGAAAUUUACAACGCAUAUUCAGAGCCUCGAGGGAUUGAAAGAUGGGCAAUCAGUGCAUUUCGAAUGUACAUUGAUUCCAGUUGGUGAUCCCAACAUGAAAGUCGAAUGGUUCCACAACGGUAAGCCUCUGCGGCAUUCUUCCCGUUUCAAGAUGGUUUCUGAUUUUGGUUUCGUCGUUAUGGAUAUUGCUGGAGUUAUGUCGCAUGAUAGCGGUGAAUACGUCUGCAAAGCCAGCAAUAAAUUCGGAGAAGAUUUCACUAGAGCGACUAUCAAGUGCUUCGGAAAGAGCGGUGUUUAUUUAGACUCAUUACAACCCGAUUCAUUAGCGAAAAUCCGGGAACUCGAGGCAUACACCGGCGAACAAUCUCAUAUUUCCACCGCCCCGAGCACAGAACCGCCCAAAUUCAUCACUCAUAUUAAAGAUAUUACAAAACUCGUUGAAGGACAAUCAGCGCACUUCGAGGCACGUUUAACACCAGUCACUGAUCCAGAUCUCAAAGUUGAUUGGUAUUACAAUGGUAAAAAAUUACCGCAUGGACAUCGAUACAGAACCUUCCACGAUUUUGGCAUUGUUAUCCUCGAUAUUCUUUAUUGUUACGAAGAAAAUUCAGGUACUUAUGAGUGUCGAGCGGUCAAUAAAUACGGUGAGGAUGUUACCAAGGCAACAUUGACCUGUCAAUCUAAAACAAAUUUAAUUCUUGAUUCACAACUGCCACGAGGAAUGGAGAAAGGAUUGGAAAAAAUUCAAACUCUCGAGGACUCCUUGGUUAAGACGAAGGAUGAAAAAACAACUGAGGAGCGUGGAAAAGCGCCAGUGUUUGUUGUACCUUUGAGUAAUAUCGAUGGACUACGAGAGGGAGAGAGUGCACACUUUGAAGCACGAUUAACUCCAACAGAUGAUCCAAAGCUCAAAGUUGAAUGGUUCUGGAAUGGUAAACCACUCAGAACAGGUUCACGCUUCCGCACAUUCUGUGAUUUUGGUUUCGUUAUACUGGAAAUAUCACCAAUUUAUCCAGAAGACUCUGGCGAAUAUAGUUGCCGUGCAACCAAUGAAUACGGUGAAGCUGUUACAACUUGUUUGAUGAAAUGCACUGGUAAACGAAGUAUUAUCCUUGAAUCGCAACUACCAAAAGGAAUGGAGGGAACAAUUGAUAAAAUCGCUGAACUGGAAGGUCUUGGUGGUGAAUUGGAUCAGACAAUGCCAGAUGAUGAUACAGGUAGACCACCCGAAUUCAUAACUACACCAUCUGAUUUAACUCUGGGCGAAAAUUCUCUGGCUCAUUUCGAGUGUAAAUUAUUGCCAGUGAAUGAUUCGAGUAUGAGAGUUGAAUGGUUCCACAAUGGAAAACCACUCAAUGCUGGAACUAGAAUUAAAACAAUCCAUGAUUUUGGUUUCGUCAUUCUCGAAGUAUCCAAUUGUUAUCAGCGUGAUUCAGGGUUAUACACAUGUAAAGCGACAAAUCGUCACGGUGAAUCUACGGUAUCUUGUAAGCUUCAAGUGCGCGGACGCCAAGGUAUCAUACUGGAACCACAAUUACCAUCGAAUUUCAAAACUGGCACUGAAAGUAUUCAAAAAUUGGAGGAAGCCCUUUAUAAGAAGGACGAGUUAAUAACUGAGGAAGAAACACCUAAUCCUCCGAGAUUUAUAGUUGAACUAAAAGACAUAGAAGUCGAAGAAUCAUCACCCAGUCACUUCGACUGCCGAGUUGAACCAGUUGGCGAUCCAACAAUGCGUAUUGACUGGUUCCAUAAUGGAAAGCCAUUUGCUACAGGUUCUCGCGUCCAUCAAAUCAAUGAUUUCGGAUUUAUCUCUCUAGAUUUAUCGUAUACUUAUGCUAGAGACAGUGGAGAAUACAUAUGCCGUGCAACAAACAAAUGGGGAUCGGUCAAAACCAAAGCUACUAUUAUUUGUAAAUCCAAGAAAACUAUUGACUUUGAAUCCCAGUUGCCCUCGGGAAUGAGUAGUGAAAAACUCAAAGAAUUAGAGCGUGGACCAGUCAGUGAGCCGUUGCCAGUAGAGGAAUUACCCCGUGUGCCACCGAAAUUCAUUACUCACAUUCAGUCAGUCACGGUUGAAGAAUCUGAGCCUGUGAGAUUUGAAUGCCGAGUUGAACCUAAAGAAGAUCCAACAUUGCGCAUUGAAUGGUACCGAAAUGGUAAACAAAUACCCGCUGGCCAUCGGUAUAGGACAAUUUACGAUAUGGGCUUCGUAUCGAUGGAUAUUCUGUAUGUUUAUCCAGAAGAUUCUGGUGAAUAUGUUUGCAAAGCUAUCAAUGAUUGGGGAGAAGAUACAACAAAGGCAUCUGUCUCCUGUAAAACAUUGCCAAAUAUUAUUCUGCAGAAUCAAGUUCCAAAGGGCAUGAAAAAAUCAGAAGCCCUUAUGCAAAUGGAAGCUACCAUAAAAAAAUAUACGUCUGAAGUUCAUUUGACUGAGGAUGAUCUUUACGAUGCAGAGAAAAGACAGCCACCACGAUUCGUAACUCAAAUUCAAAAUCAAACGGAAUUAGUGGAAAUGAAUAGUACGAAGUUUGAAUGUCAACUAGCACCAGUGGGUGAUCCAAAUAUGAAAGUUGAAUGGUUUUUCAAUGGCAAACCACUGCCUCACAAGAAUCGGUUCUCACCGAUCUACGAUUUUGGCUAUGUAGCUAUGAACUUCGCAUGGAUUUAUCCAGAGGAUAGCGGUGAAUACCUAUGUAGAGCCACAAAUUUGUAUGGAAUGGAUGAAACAAGGGCUGUUAUAAAAACUUCUGGAAAGCCAGGAAUCAUUUACGAUUCGCAAUUGCCAAAGGGAAUGAAGAGUAUAGAAAAGAUUCGAGAAAUGGAAGCUGCUUGGCAGAUAUCUCCUGAACAAGAAACCGAGGAAGAAAAACCCAAAGCUGCCCCUGUAUUUGUUAGUAAACCUGAACCUGUGGAAGUCGAGGAGAGCGAUUGCUCAAGAUUCUGUUGUCGAGUUACUGGACACCCUAAGCCCAGAGUCAUUUGGUUGAUCAACGGUCACACUGUCGUCAACGGAGCCCGCUAUAAGCUCAUCUACGAUGGUAUGUAUCAUCUUGAUAUUCCGAAAACACGUCAGUACGAUCAUGGAAAAAUUGAGGUCGUCGCACGAAAUUCACUUGGCGAGAGUCGAUGUGAGACGACACUAUCCGUCAAACCACGAAGCGAUGAUUAUCGUGGAGUUCUCAAAAAUUCACCAAGACCGUGGUAUGAUAUUGAGCACACUCAGUAUCAAUCAGAUCGGACCAACACAGAACUGGAACGAGUUUUCGAUGAGCGACAACAAAGCAUGACCCAAAAUGUUGGAAUUAAUACUGAUCACCUCGGUCAGAAAGUAUUCAAAGAACCGGAUACAGACUGGCAAAAAAAUGUCAAGACCAUGAAAAAAGAGCAAUAUUACAAUAAAUUAAUGAAUCUCGAAGAAGAACAGCUUCUGAAAGAAGCUCGACUGAGAGAGGCAAGUCAUCAAUUUGCAAUUCCUGGAGAGAAGGUCAUCAAUAGUUCCAUCGCUAAGGGAAUGGCACAACAGUACCAAGAUAAUUUGCAAACCGACCAGAAAGAAACAGUCGUGUCCAAAGCUAGUAUUAAGAAACCAUUUGUAACGGAAGUUGAUAUUGAUAAUCGAAGGCUUCAAGGCACUGGAAAACAUCCUCCAGAACCUACAGGAUCAGCAGUACAUGGUCGUGAAGUACAUGUUGCCAAACAAAAACAGACCCAGAAGGAGGUGAAGGGUGAUACUGAAAUAACACGUAAAAUCACAGCUACCGAAACAACGGAAGUUGAGCAUAAAGCCAGAACGCAGGAGCGAAUUGUUGAAGGGCCUGUUCUACCAUCAAAUCCUCCAGUUUUCACCAAAAAAAUUCAACCAUGCCGUGCAUUCGAACAAGAGCAAGCGCGUUUCGAAGUUGAAUUUGAUGGAGAUCCACUGCCUACAAUCCAAUGGUAUCGUGAAGAUUUCCCAAUUAAAAAUUCAUCGGAUCUUCAAAUUUACACAUUCAGUACUAAAUCAGUAUUGAUAAUUCGUCAAGUGUUUAUGGAAGAUUCGGCCGUAUUUUCGGCUAUCGCUGAAAAUCGCGGUGGUAAAGCCAAAUGCAGCGCCAAUCUCAUUGUGGAAGAGCGACGACGACAGCCCGGAAGGGGUGGAACUAUUCCCCCAAGUUUCGUCACUACAAUUCAAAGUACAUCAGUAACAACUGGACAACUUGCAAGAUUCGAUGCUAAAAUCACCGGAACCAAGCCAGUAGAUGUUUAUUGGUUGAAGAAUGGCAAAAAAGUAGUCGCUGAUAUCCGAUACAAAACAUUGGAGGAAGACAACACUUAUACACUUCUCAUACUGGAAACGGUACCGGAAGACAACGGAAAGUACGAGUGUGUGGCAAUAAAUCGUGCUGGUGAAGCCCGUUGUGAAGCUGAAUGCACUGUCCGAGGAUUACAGCCGUCAUCUGCCAAGCCAUCAAAGACAUCAACCGCUCAAAUGGAGAAAGCACCGGUUGUCACUGAACCACUGAAAGAUCAAGUAAUCAAAGAAGGAGCUUCUGUUGCUUUCACUUGUCGAAUCAGUGGAAAACCGACGCCUACUGUGCAGUGGAAGAAAGGAGACAAAAUUAUCAAGCCUUCCAAAUACUUCCAAAUGCAAAAAGAAGGCGAUCAAUGCACAUUGCGAAUUUCGGAGGCUUUUCCGGAGGACGAAGGCGUCUAUAAAUGUGUGGCGAAAAAUUCUGCUGGGGAUACCACUACAUCAGCAAAUCUCCGUGUUCUAGCACCAGAAAGUCCAGACAUGUUACCGAAGUUGACACCGUUGAGAGAUCAAAUUGUUUCGGAAGGACAACCAGCUCAAUUUAAAACGCAGAUUAUUCAUCCAAAAUUGAAGCCAACUAUUCAAUGGUACCGUGAGGGAUUAUUAAUUCCACAGUCACCAGAUUUUCAGAUGAUUCACGAGGGCAAUAAUGCAGUUUUACUGAUAGCUACAACUUAUGAGGAAGAUUCUGGCACCUUCACAUGCCGCGCUACGACUUCCGUUGGUACAGUGGAAACUUCGGCAAGGCUGGUUGUAAAAAGACGAGUGGGCAGUCAAUAUGAAACAACGGUACCCGAAGAUACUCACAAGCCUUUAGCUGCAACGAAAAUACCUGCAUCGGAUUUAGCGACUAUUGGAGUAAAAACACAUCGAGCCAAAACUCAAGGCGAAGUGAUUGAGCUGGAGGAACAUGAUUCACUUGAGACUUCAUUUGUCUCAAGUGAUGAAUCUGUUCCAUGGCGAGUGCGUAAAGUUAAACGUCCUCCACAAUCAACUACUCCAAUUCCUUGGCGAACAACUGAAUCUCAGCCUACGGGUAAGACUCCUAAACGUAUUGACAAUGCCCAAGUCUCAGAAAUUGAUAAAGUGAAGCCUUGGACUGAAGAAGUCAUUACAUUGAAGAAAGUAUCCGAGUCAGUCGUUCAGACAUCUACCAAAACCGAAGAUGAUCGUAGUACGGAAACUUCUUUAUCAGAAACAUCCAAGUAUUUGAAAAAAGAAAUUCCUAGUAAAAUAAAACCGUGGACUGAAGAACAAGUAGAAUUGAAGAAAAUUCCAGCGAAAACUAAACAAUUACCUACGGAGUCAGUGGAAUCGGUCAAAUUGAAGCCGCUUACACAAGUGGAUAAAGAAACGAAAAGAGAUACCAAAACUCUUGAAUUGCAGAAGAUUACUCUGGAUUCCACUGGAGAACACAGUUUAACUUCUGAAUUUUAUGAGGAAGAUGAUUCUUCUCUACUGGAGAUUUCGGAAAUUUCGGAAGACACUUCAAUAAUUAAGAAGAAACGGUGGCCUUUGAAGCCUGAAAUUGCUUCUGAAACGGCUCAACCGAAGCCAUGGACAGAAGAAAGCAUACGGUUGAAAAAAUCCACGCCUAUUAAACGAGAAAUCAUGAAGGAGGGUAUACCAUCGGUAGAUCUUCAACCGAUUCCAGUCACACAGAAACCCGAAAAAAUUAGUAGGAAAGAAGAAAAAAUUGAACUACAACCAGUUGAAGAAAUUACUUCAAAAUUACCACAGCCGUUAGAACCUGUUAUUGCUGAAUUCAUUACUGAAGAAGACAGCACUAGACUUGAAAUUUCGAAAAAAUCCAAAGUAAAAAUUUCUAGAAAGGAACCUGAGCUUCCUAAAUCAUGGAUGGAAGAAAAUGUAAUUCUUAAAAAAUCGCAGCGAUCGAAGAAAUCUCCUGUAAAGGAGGGUCUGGACCUGCCAGCUUUAAAACCCGUAGAUGCCAUACCAAAAGUGCGCCCUGAGCAACAAGGGGUUGUUCCACUUGAAAAAGAAAAAAAAAUUGUACAACCAUAUCGAGACCUGCAAGAUAUUUCCAUUCUCCAAAAACAUGAAACCAGGGAUAUUGUUGAAAAAUUACAGCAUGUGAAACCUGCUGCUUCUGAAUUCACUACUGAAGAGGACAGUUCUAUACUUGAAAUUUCAAAAAAAUCCAAAGCGAAAAUUUCUACAAAGGUACCUGAAGUUCCUAAAUCGUGGAUUGAAGAAAAAGUAAUUCUCAAGAAGUCACAACGAAUAACAAAAUCACCAGUAAAGGAGGGCCUGGACCUGCCAGCUUUAAAACCCGUAGAGACCAUACCAAAAGUGGCUCCUGAGGAACAAGAGGUUGUUCCACUUGAAAAAGAGAAAAAGAUUGUACAACCAUAUAGUGAUUUGCAAGAUACUUCUAUUCUUCAAAAACAUGAAACUAAGGAUAUUGUUGAAAAAGUACAACAACAUGUGAAACCUGCUGCUUCUGAAUUCACUACUGAAGAGGACAGUUCUAGACUUGAAAUUUCAAAAAAAUCCAAAGUAAAAAUUUCUACAAAGGUACCUAACGUUCCUAAAUCGUGGAUGGAAGAAAAAGUAAUUCUGAAGAAAUCACAGCGAAUAACAAAAUCACCAGUAAAGGAGGGCCUGGACUUACCUGCAUUAAAACCUGUGGAGACUAUACCAAAAAUGCGUCCUGAGCAGCAAGAGGUCAUAACACUUGAAAAAGAAAAGAAGUUUGUCCAACCAUAUCAAGAUCUGCAAGAUAUUUCUAUUCUCCAAACACGUGAAACUAGUGAAAUUGAAAAACAUCUUAUUCAAGAAGAAUCAUCAGUACCUUGGAUUCGUGGUAAAAAACGUCCAAAAACUGCCCAUCCUGAAAAGGUCGAAGAUGUUAUUCCCAAAGAGGUCGAUGAAUCAUCCAAAUUGCCGUGGAUACAUACCAAAGAUAAACCGAAAAAGACUGUACUAAAGGUACCUUUAGAUGAACAAAAAUCAAUUCCGAAAGAAUCGGAGAAGGAGACGCUUGUACAGCCGUACCGAGAUAACCAAGAUACUUCUAUCUUGAAAACGAAAGAAAUUAGCCACAUUAGUGAAGAACGCAUAAUUGAAGAAGAAUCAGCUGUACCAUGGAAACGUGGUAAAAACCGUUCUGAAAUUUUACAUCCUAAAAAAAUUAAACCUGAAGAUACAAUUUCGGAAGAUGUCGAUAAAACAUCCAAAGCCGUGUUGAUAAAAGAUAAGAAGACAGAGAUUACACCAAGACCAGUUGUUCAAAAAAUAAUUCCAGAAAAGACAACGAAAGAAAUAGACUUGCAGCCGUAUCGAGAUAUUCAAGAUGUGUCUAUUUUGGAGACACGUGAAACUAGUGACUCUAUUGAAAAACAAGCUACUCCAAAAGAAGUACCUGUACCGUGGGUACGUGGUAAAAAGCGUCCUGAAGUGCUUCAGCCGGAAACGGUUAAACCCGAGGAUACUAUUCCCGAUGAGCUUGACAAAAAAUCAACAUUACCCUGGCUUCAGGCGAGAGAUAAAAAGAAGGUGAUACCAAAGAUGCCUUCAGAGGAUCAAAAGAUCGCCCCGCAAAAAACAGAAAAAGACAUAAUUGUGCAACCACAACAAGAGACACAGGAGACUUCUACCAUAAAAAUUCAAAAAGGGACUGAAAAACAACUCGAAGGAAAGGAAUCAAUUGUACCGUGGGCACGCGGCAAAAAGCGUCCAGAAUCGGUUCAGCCUCAGACAGUCGUACCUGAGGAAACAAUUCCGGAAGAUAUCGAUAAAACAUCCAAAUUACCUUGGGCACAGAAAAAGACUAAAACGAAGAAGAUAAUUCAGCGUGUAGAUGAAGAAAACCUACUGGAAAUCGUGAAAGAUGAAAAAUCCGAUACUCCUGAUAAACAACAACCUAAAAUUAGGAAGGAGAAAAAAAUUAAAUCCGAAAAAAUCGACACUGAGCACAAUGAAAAGAUAAAAGAAGAGAGAGAAGAAAUAGCGGAUGAUACAAAAACAAUUAUCUCUAAAAAAAUAUCUCAAGAUAUAGAGAAAAAAGAAUCUAAGAAAGUUAAGCCGCAGGAUUCAACCGCAUUGAUUGUUGUACCAAUUGAAGAUUUACAACCAUCCCCAGAUGAGGUGAAAGAGGACGUAGAAGAAAGUGAGCAAGAAGAUAAGAGUGAAAUGUCGUCCUCUACUUGGCGUCGAAAACCUAGUAGUAAAAAAGUUCAAAAGAAAAUUUCCGUUGAACCCACAGAAAAAAUUGGAGAAAGUCCGAAAGAAAUUUCAGAAGUAACCUGGCGUCAAAAACCUAAACGCGAAGAGACAGCUGUGACGAUAAUUCCUAAAAAAUUAUCCGAGGACGUAGAGAAAAAAGUUAUUGAUAAACCUAAACCUCAAGAUUCAGAAGCAGUAAUUAUUAAGCCAAUCGAAGAAUUUAAGCUAUCCCCAGUUCCGGUAGAGAAAAUUUCAGAAGAUCUGGAAAAAGAAGAUACGCUGGAAAUAUCUUCAUCUCCCUGGCGACGAAAACCUAGCAGCAAGACAGUUCAAAAGAAAGUUUCUGUUGAAAUUUCCGAAAAAACUGAAGAGAGGGAAAGUACGAAAGAAAGUUCAGAACUAACCUGGCGUCAAAAGCCCAAAUCACAAGAAACAUCCAUGACGAUAGUUCCCCAAAAAACACCCGAAGAUUUCAAGGAAAAGGUGGUUGACAUAAUUAAACCUCAGGAUUCAGAAUCGUUAAUUGUUCAACCAAUCCAAGAAUCCAAGCCGUCGCCAGUUCCGGUACAGGAAACCUCCGAAGAUCUUGAAGAAGAAGAUACGAAACUAAUAUCUUCGUCUCCCUGGCGUCGAAAACCGACCGGUAAAAAGGUUCAAAAGAAAAUACCUGUUGAAACUACGCAAAAAAUUGUAGAGGGAGAGAGUAAGAAAGAAAUUUCAGAGGUGGCCUGGCGUCGUAAACCUAAGAUUCAAAAAACAGAAAUUCAAACACGACCUGAAAAAUCAAUUCAAGAUGAAGAGAAAGAAGAUGUUGAAAUAACUAAGCCAAUUAAAGAAAUUCAAUCAUCUCCACUUCAAUUAGUUGAAGAACAAGUAAAUCUGAAACAAGAAGAUAAAAAUGAAAUCUCGUCAACUCCUUGGCAUAAGCAACCUAAGAAAAUCACACAAAAACUCCCUGUUAAAAUGCCCGAGGAGAGUGAAAAACCAGAGAGUAAGAAAGAAAUUUCAGAAGUAACUUGGCGUCGCAAACGUCAACCGGAGACUUCUUCAGCUACAAUUAUUCCAGAAAAACCUCUCCAGGAUACGGAAGAAACUGAUGUGACAGUAAUUGAAACCAAAAAUUUGCAACCUAUACUUCUUGAAUCCACUGAGGAUUCCAAAACAUUGGAAGACUAUACCAAAGAGAGCAUUAGUAUCAAGUUGAAGAAAACCAAAACAAAGAAAGAGCAAGUAAAGACAUCACCACAACGCAUCGAUGAGGAUAGAAAAGAUAUUCCUGUGAAGGUCUCUGAAAUAUCUCAGUUAGAAUCCCCUGAAGAAGUUUCUUCGGAAUUACCCAAAUGGGAGACGAAAGAAGUGCAGAUUACAGAAGUUCUACCUACUAAAAAACCGCAUACAAAUAUUCAAGAAAUUGUGGAGGUAAAGCAAGAAACAGAAUCAAUCCAAAAAGUUGUAAAACCUAAGAAAAAAGUGGUAAACUUCAAAGGAGAGGUUGAAAUAGUUCCUAUCAUUGAUGAGGAGGAAGUUGAUCAAGUAGAGGUAACAGAUGAACAAUUGACAAUAAAAAAACCGACCACGAAGAAAAAGUCCGUCAAACGAACUGUGAUCGAUAAGAUUAUCACAAAAGAGUCUGCAGAAGAAGUUCCACUGGAAAUCAAAACUUCCGAAUAUAUCAUAGAACAGCCUGAAGAUGAACCAAUAGCCCUUGAAGAUACAACUGAAUCCGUAGAGACAAUGGAAAAGAUAACUAAAAAAAUUGCCGAUGAGAAAACCGUCUCGCAAGUUUUUGAAAUUCAACCCUCUGACUCAACGGAGGAUAUUGAAGACCAUGAUCGAACGGUCAAACGUAAACGGCGAAAAAUGCCAGUCAUUGAUAAAGAUAAAAAAGUAGCUCCAAGAUUCAUUCAAAAAUUGCAGCCAGUUAUUGUUGAGUCAAAACAGCCUGCUAAAUUCGUUUGUACGGUUGUGGGUAAUCCUUCUCCCGAGAUUACGUGGUAUAAAAAUGAACAGGAACUUCACGCAUCCGAGAAGUACGAAAUGACGAUUGCAGAAACGACUGCUACACUAUUGGUAACUAAACCCACGGAGGAAGAUGUUGGAAUGUAUACCUGCAGAGCUUCCAAUCCCGCUGGUGUGGCAACAUCGACAGUAAACCUUGUCAUAUUCGAAAAAGAAGAUGAAGGAAUACCUCCCCAAUUUACAGCCCCAAUAAAACCAUCGAUUAUCAAAGAAGAUGAUAUAGCGAUAUUCGAAUGUGACGUUAUUGGCACUCCAAUGCCGGAAGUGAAAUGGUACCGGGGUCAUGAAGAAAUUAAACCAAAACAAGGAACUGAAAUUACAUUUAAUCCCAAAACUGGUCAUGCCAAACUUGUUGUAUUAGAACCACAAUCGGAGAAAGAAGAAAUUUAUCGAGUUCGUGCGGUCAAUAAAUUUGGUAAGGCUGAAUGCCGAGCUAAUCUGAUUAUUAGAAAUGUAGCCGUCAUAUCUCAGCCGGAAGUACUGCAUGCACCGAAGAUUAUAAAACCGCUUCCAGCGUCCAUAGCAGAGAAGGGUCAAUCUUUAACUCUAGUCGCAGAAUUUGAGGGUACACCCGUACCAGAAGUUAAGUGGUACAAAAAUGGAACUGAAAUAACCCCAUCUACUAAGCAAACAAUAAUAAUCCACGAGAACACAACUGAACUAAUUAUUUCUGAUUUGACGAAGAAAGAUUCAGGAAAAUAUGAAAUUAGAGUUCAAAACACAGUAGGGGAAGCAAAAAGUAGUGGGUCAGUGACUGUAAAAGAAAUAGAAGAAUUUCCUACGGAUACCGAGGACAAGCCACAAGCGCCGUGUUUCACAACACUCCUUCAACCUCAAAAUGUAAAAACUGAUGAAGUUGUAAUCAUGGAAGCCACUGUUGAUUCUUAUCCGAUGGCAUCAUUCCAAUGGUUCCACGAAACCAAACUUUUAGAAGCCUCGCCAUUAGUAAGAAUUUCUACAAAAGAAAAUCAUUCCAUUCUACUUAUUAAACAAAUGACUCCUCAACACGCUGGCGCAUACACGUGCCGAGCUGAAAAUGUAGCUGGUUCUGUAACGUGCACUACAAAUGUCAAUUUAUUGGACACAUCAUGGGAAGAAUUAUCAGAAAUUACAUCACCAACGUUCGUUAAACGAUUAUCACCUAUUCGCGUGAUGGAUGGAGAGGGUGUUGAUUUUUCAUGCGUUUUGAAAGGAAAACCGAUCCCCAAGGUUCAAUGGUUCCACAAUGACAAGCCUAUUGAAGAGGCCAAAAGCAUCACAAUAUCACAGAACACCGAAGGUGUUUGUAAUCUUGCAAUAGCCGAAGUUUUCCCGGAAGAUGCUGGUGAAUACACAUGUCAAGCAAUUAACCCAAUUGGCGAAGCCUUGUCAACUACAACACUUAUCGUUGAUGCAUAUGAGUAUGUACCAGACUCUGAGAUUGCGUCAUCAGCUAAUGUCACCUCUCUCAUAGCUGGACAAAGUGGAUCCGAAGAAGAUCUGCUAUCACCGAAGGAAAUUAUUUCAUUGGAUAUGGAUAUCGAUGAAUCACCACCUGAAAUAAUUAAAGAACUUCCCAAAAUGAUUUCUUCCAAAGAUGGUGAAUUAAUUAGGUUGGAAGUCAAAGUAACAGGUAGGCCGAAACCACUGAGUAAGUGGUACAAAGAAGGAGUUCAAAUAGUACCUUCGGAAGAAUUCGAAAUCGAAGAAUUUGAAGACGGUAGCUCAAUUCUGACCAUUAACGAAACGUAUCCAGAUGAUACUGGUGAGAUUGUGUUUGAAGCACAUAAUCCACUCGGUGUAUGUACAACAACGACCUUCUUAUCAGUUGGAGGUAUUCUCGGAACGAAGGAGUAUAGAAAGCCUGAAUGGGUGACGCAAAUGGAAGAGAUGCAAGAAGCUCUGCGAGCGACGCAGCAGAUUCCGCGCUUUGUAAAUGAACUUGUGGAUGUCUAUGCGGAAGAUGGAGAACAGGUCAUUUUUGAAAUAUCCUAUUCUGGCAAUCCGUCGCCGGAUGUCGUUUGGUACAGGAACGACAAACUCAUAAUGAAUACCAAUAAUGUGAAAGUCAAGUUGUUUGACGAUGAAAAGAGAACUACUUUGACAAUUUACCAAGCAACAUCAGAAGAUAAUGCAACUUAUGUUUGUAAAGCUACCAGCGAUAUAGGCUUAGCUGUAACCAAAGCUAAAUUACAAAUAUCCGGCCCUAAGGAAGGUACGAGAGAAGUAGAACAUGUGGAGCAUUUAAUGAAGCCCGAGAAGAAGAAGAAAAUAUCUGAGGCCAAAAAAAUAAAGGAGACUAAAGAGAAGAUUAUAGUUAUAAAAGAAAAACUGAAGAAGGACAAGAAAGAAGCUAUCAAAGCGAAAGAAAAAAGACCAGUAGGGGAACAACUGCCGGUAGAUGAAUCUACCGAUAUGUUAGAAGAAUUAACUGUUGAAGAAUCUCAAGCAAAGCCUUUGAUUCCAAUUCACGAACCCGUAAUAACCGAAGCAACUGCUUCUCUAAAGAAAGUAGAUCAUAAGUCUAAGUCAAUCACAUUGACAUCGGAUGAACGGGCGAAACGUGUUGCAGAAACACAUGAGGCUUUAGUUGUUGCUUCUCCCUUAGUGCCGGAAGACGCUGUUGUAGAAUUGACGACACAGUCAAUAACUGAUCGUGCAAAAAUGACAUCCGAAACAUUUGAAACAGUAUCUAUCUCUCAAGUCGUGACUGAGACCAAUAUUGAAGAAAUUAGCAAAACCGGUCCACAAAAGAAGUAUGCCCGAAAAACUACAGUUACAACGGAACGUUCGUUGGAAAUGAGUGAUUCCCACAGUAUAGAAGUAUCUGAAGAUAAACCAAAGAAGAAAAAGAGAGACAAAAGGCGGGAGCGUAUAGAUCUUACGGUUGAAAAAGUUAUCAAUGAUCAGAAAGAGAAUCUUUCUCAGGCCGUAGAAGAAACAAUGGAUUUGAUGAAUGCCAAAGAAUUUGGUCCUGGAGAAUCUCCUCUCAGAGAACUAGCAACUAUAGGUUUUCUAAUUGAUAAUGGAGUUUCUGUAAAUGAAAUAAAUGAGAGCCUUUAUCAAUCUCAUUAUUUCCCUGCCCUACGAACGCCAGACGCUCAGAAUGCAUUAGUACAACUAGUAGAGAGGGAAGGACAUGGACCAUUGAUCACUCAAGUCCUGACGGAAGAAACCACGACUGAUGAAAGUAUAGUAGCUGCAACUGUCGGAUUUCGUGCGUUCAUGAGAAUGGUAGAACUACAACACGCCACAGUGGAAGAAAUAAUUACGCAUUUUGCGCCAGAAGAUUUCAGAACAAGAGCUUGGGAAGUCACAGAAUUCAGUGAGGUCGAAGCGCAAGAAACCAUGCAAGAAGUAUCUUCUACUAUAGAAAGAGGUGAAAUUAGCAUCUCGAGGAGACGUGAACAAGAAAAACCAGCGAGAGAACAAGUUCUUCAAGACAUUAUAGAAUACGAGGACAUUCAGGAAGUACACGAAACACAGCACAAAGAUACAAAAUCCGAAGAAUUCAAGCCUCGAGUUUUACGAAAUCUAGUCGAGGGUAAAAGUAAAAUAGACGACGAAAUAAUUGAAGAAGAGAUUCAACUUCAGCAAGUCGAUACGAAUAAAGCUGUUGAACGGAAAAAAGAUGAAAAAGUAAAAGAAGACAGUAAAAAGAAAAUGAAAAGUCGAGACAUGAUUGAACAAGAAGAAAUAGAAGACGUGACGGUUAGAACUGUCACUCUUAGACCUAACCGUCCGAAGCAAAGUGAAGAUGAAGGUUAUUUCGAAGAAGUAACCACCUUGGAAAUUACUCCAGAAAAAGGUCUUUUCCCACUAGCAGCUAAUAUCCCGCAUGAACAUCGGUCAGUUCUGCCUCUUGCAGAUGUAGUUCAUCAAGCUCCUGAUAAACCAGAAUUCGAUAGAGCGAAUAUAAAAGUGGACACUAUUCAAGCAAUCACCGCGCAGUAUGUCCCCCUUGAAGAUAGCGUAGAUAAGAUCGAUAACGUGCAUCUUAAUCAAAAACACGCAACAUUCUCGAUUCCUUCCGUAGAGCCAUAUUCAACAACAGAAACUAUCAUUCAAAGCUCGACCGAUGAGUUGGCGAAACCAACUGAACCCUUCUCCUGUAAUAUUACAGCUGAUAUUAUAUCUACAGAGGGAAUUCAAGUGACAGAAACCUUCCCGAGGGAUGAUAAGCUCAUAAAAAUAGAUGCGAAACCCGAGCUAACAACACAAACAGCUAACUUGAACAUUUCCCUUAAGGAGGCAACAACAGUUACCGAAAUGACCGCUAAUGAAGUUGAAGUGGCUACAAACAAUUUUGUAAAACCUGCUAGUGUCAAUGUUGGAGAUUCUAUGCUAUCUCACAUUGGCUUAACAGUUUACGAAGUCAAUGAAGGUUUAUUAGAAGACAAAUUAGUCCUGGCUGAAACUCCUGUAGCACAGUCUAAAGUGUCGGUUGAUGCAGUUGCGUAUCUAGCUAUUGAAGAAAUACAACCGGACGAUAGACCCGGAAAAUAUUAUCCAGAACUUAUUGUUCCAACGGAAAUGGUAACUUCAACAUUCGUUCCUCAAAAACAGUUCACUACCGGUGAAGUCUUCACAACGGAAAAAGAAGGAGAUUACUUACCACAAGUUGCCCCUAUUCAUCAAAAAGCUAAAGUAAAUGUGUCUGAAGGCGGUGAAGUUCCUAUGAUAAAUGAGCAAUCUUUGCGAGAAACAGUCAAAUCAAUCGUAUCUGAUGAAUUGCCUUCGUGUCAAGUAGAUCAAUCGAUCGAUGUAUUGCAAAGCUUGAAUGUUUCUACGGUGGAGAGUCAUAGCCAAGAAGAAGACUUGGAAACACACCAAAGUAAAGAAAUGAUAGCUGAUGUAAAUGUUAUCCAAUCCAAUUCUAUUGUGACAACUGAAACGAUAAUAUCAGACAGAGAAAGUGAAUACAAAAUUGGUGCGAAACCGCUUGAACAAAUGGCGAAGAGUACGAUAUCCUCACUGGAAAUCAGUAGCAAAUCAGACACUAUGAUUCAAGAAGCAGAAGGUAUUUACAGUGAGGAAAUAAAACCAACAGGAGCCAUAGCUGAAUCGUCUGUUAAUACUGAAAUACAUUUAAAUAUUUCGGAGGUUCAUUCUGGUGAUUUACCUUCAGAUUUAACUGAAACACUUAAAUACAUUACCGAAACGGGUACUCCUUCAAUUAUAUCUACGGAGGCCGCCAUAAUUCAAGAAAUUUCGACUCACGAAAAAGAAAGUCAAUUGCCUAAAUUAGAAAAAUCUAAUGAAAAAAUAGUCGAAGGUAUUUAUGGUUCCUUGCGGAGUGUGGAAGUUUCUCAGACAACUUUGGCGGACACUGAAGGUCAACUUCAGAUAUAUGAUAUGCCUGAGUCUCAUAAAGUAGAACUAGUACCAACAAGCCACAGCAUGUCGUUUCAAGUGCAAGAGACAAAGACCGAACUUGAUCUUGAACUCCUAAAAGAGCAGUUGCCGAAAGAAAGAACAGCUAAUGUUGAACAUGAUCAUAUGAGAGGAAUAACUAUAGGUAUCAUCGUAUCAGCUGAGGAUAUUCAACCAGUGAUUGCAGACACUAUGCCGGAAUGUAAGAUGGCGAAUUUGGCUGUGAGUGAGAUUGACAGUGUUAAAACGACGGAAAUAAUUGCCAAUGAAACAGAGAAAGAGUAUGAAACAGUCAAGACCGAUUCUCUUACAGCCACAACAGCCUUUGAAACGCAAGCUUCUAUUCAGCAAUCCAUAGUGCGAACUGAAUCCCCAACUGAAGAUUUUAGGAGAGAUCAAGCAAUAUCGGCAACGGCCCAACCAGCCAUGAUUCCUCUCGAGGCUAUAACAAUGAUUCUACAGAAUGCCGCAGAAAAGGAAAAUGUUUAUCAGGCAGAUCAAAAACCCGAUGGAAAAGUCGCCGUCCUUGAAAUGACUGAUGCCAAAUCUAACGCGAUAAUUUCCGAAGUAAUUCCCCAGGAAUCGGAGGACACGUAUUCCACUAAGAAAGAGCUCACCGAUUUUGGGGCUCUGAAUUUAAUUGAUAGUCAUAAAAUUGCUACACAAUCAAUACCUUUAAUUGAACAAAGUGCAGGACAUCUCCCCGAUCAUAGUUCCACAACUCGCAAGGCGUUCACUAAACACGAUGUGCUUGACGAGUUGACCAUUAUCGAAACUAAUUUAGGAGAAAGUGAAAAACCCCGUUUAGACGAUAUGAAACCAUGUGCACAAAAUGCUGAGAUCAAUUUGUCGACAUCGGAAAAUAUAAUGAUCACUGAAAUUGCCGCCGUUGAUAAAACCGAACACUUGGCACUUGAAGAACACGCAUCGAGAAAAAAUACAAAUAUGCAACUCACACCAAGCCAUGAGGUAGCUGAAGUCUCCGAGACAGUUGCUGCAAACAAUGUUGGGAUAUUUUCCGAUAUUCCAUUAGAAACAGAAAAUGCUACAGCCAAGUGCAACGAACUAACGACUGUGCAACAAACAGAAUUGAUGGUUUCUGAAAAAGAAAGUAUUUUCGUCGACGCAAUUAAGCCAAGCCACAAAAAUGUGAGUAUUACUUUCACGGAAGAGACAGGAUUGGAAGUCACUUCAACCAAUUUAAUAGAUAAAGAAGGAGUGCUUAGAGAGGAAAGCAUUCCAAAAAGUAUGGAAGCCACAAUACAGUUUGAAGCGCAGAAUGUUGCGUCGAAAUACGAAGUUAUCGGUGACACAAAGUUGGGUAUCUAUACGCCGAAGGAAGUACAAAAUGUGAAACCAGAUAUGGGUUUAAUGUCAUUACCCACUGCCGUCGCUGAAGAGGUUCAUACCGCAGAUGCUGAAAGUGUAUUUUUGAAAAUGCAAGAAGCUGACCGAAAAGCAGAGCUCACAGCUGAUAGUGGGGAGUGUAUAACAGUAUCAUUAAUUGAAACUGGGGAAAAAGAAGCUCCCUUGGAGGACAGUGAAGAACGUGUCUCAAAAUCUGCACUUUUGGAUAUUUCUUCUCACCCGGUUGCUGAAGCAACUGAAACGAUAUCUCAUGACGGUAUUUCUCACAUGAAAUUGGAUGAGACACACCCUGUUACAGCAGUUCACGAUCAGAUUCCAUUCAAAAGUCUUAUUAUAACGGAAGCUUAUCCAAAAGACUCGGAAAGUUCUAUGGACAAUUUCUGCAAGCCAGACGAUAAAAUUGUUGACGUGGUUUAUGAAGACGCUCAAAUAAGUCUUGAUGUCACGCAGACAAUUACUUCUGAGAAGGAGAAAGAUUAUAAUCAAGAAGAAACUCUACCGAUGGUACAGGCAAGUCCCAAUAUAGAUGCACACCGAACUGCCGAACUCGCUGAAGUUAUUACAUCAUCAUCAACUGACAAACUGGAAAGUAGUAUUCCAAAUUCUGCAAUUGCAAAACAAGAUCAUUCACCAUUGGAAAGCAUUAUUCAGACUGAAACUGUCGUGUCAAUCAAAGAGCAGGAAUUUACUAAAUCACAUGAUAUCGCAACCGAGAAAGCAGGAGUUAUGGUCGAUGAAGGUAGGAAUGUUACCAGUAAUGUGGAGAUUCUAACUGUGGACAAGGAGGAUAUAUUGCAAAUGCCCAUCAAACCUGCAGAAAAGAAAGCCCUUUUAGAUAUAAGUACAGAUCACCGCGUUACCGAAAAAAUGGAAUUAACGCUUGAUUCGUCCAUCGGUGUAUUAGAUGCAUCUCAACCAACAAAGGCAAACGUCAGUCCAUCACAAAUUUCCUUAGAAACAGUCAUUAGCAGUAUUACUCAGCCAACAGAAAUGGAAGGAGUGUAUAUUCCAACGGCACAACCUAAUCAAAUUCUUGCUGAUAUAUCCCUUUAUGAAGAUCAAAGUGUCAACGUCACCAUGGUAAUUACAGAGGACAAAGAAAGCGAUUACAAAACAGCUGGAAUGCCUGUAACAAAGACAGCUAAUGAAGGUCUUUCCGGGAGUUUAAUAGUUUCUGAGACUAACUUACAUGUCGUUCAAGAUAGCACUGGUACUUUCAUUGAUCAAAGUCCUGGAUUUUCAACAGCAAAGUUCGAUCAUGAGUCACAUAACCCAUUGAUGAAUUCUCAGACGGUCAUUGGAGAAACGGAAAGCACUUUGAUACUUGAUGUAAAACCAACGGCUCAUAGCGCACAACUCGAUAUUGAGUCUGAAAAGAAUUCUAUUGCCGUCGUUGAAAUGACAAUAAACGACAAAGAAAAUACAUAUGAUGCAGAUACUGUGGCCAGUACAAAAAUAGCAUCAGUGGAAUUUGAUUCAAAACUUGAAGUUGCUGAAACAAAAAUCACGACCAUCCAAGAUGCACUUGCCACAAUGGAAAGUACACAGUUGGAUGCCCGAAAGGCGGUUUUGACUCAAGGAACUCAUACUAGUCUUCUAGUAUCGGAAGAGAUAACAGUUGACAAAGAAAUUUCAUUCAAAAGCAAGCCUAAAAGCGAUUUGACAGAGGUGGGAUUAACGGUUGAGCAGAAAAAUUGUGGUUUGACAAUUUCUGAAGUAUUUAGUGAAGAUAAAGAAAUACCACUUGACGUUACAUUGAAAGCUCAAACAGAAUUAGGAAUUCCAUCUGCAAUAACUGGUCAUAGAGUUGCAGUUCAAUCUGAAGUAAUUCCUAAUAUAGCUGCUAGUGGUUUGGAAAUGGAUAAACCACUUUCAGCCCAAGCAAUAGUCGGGCAGAAACCAUUUGAGCCAAUUGAAUUGACGGAGAACGUCCUUGGUGAAUCCGAGAAAAAUACCACACUAAAAGAACCCGUGCUAGAAAAGGCAGGAAUUGAAAUGAAUGAGCAUAAUUCUGUCAUUAUUGAAACAUCCAUAAUUCACGAUUUCGAGCAAGAGCUAUCCGUGAGUGGCAAGCCGGAGAAAAAAGCUGUUGAAAGAGUUUCUGAAAGCCAACAAGUCAUCCAACAAAAUGAAAUAAUUCCCAGAGAAUCGAUCGGUGGACUUACAGUAGAAAAAAUACCCGAGGCUGAAGCUACGGAAAUACAAAAAACAUUCAGACCUCUUGAAAUCAUGGAAACAUCAACCCAAGAAAUUAGUCCGAGCCUUGAAGAGACUUCUACAUCAUUUGUUGGGCCUGCUCUUACAUCGUUAACAAAUGCAGAGAGUAUAACAGUUGAUGAAGUCGUCUUACACGAAAAAGAAGAUACUAUGACAAUACCGGAAUAUAUGAAGAGAGUUGCUGCACUCAACUUAACCCAAUCCAAUCAAACAAUAGCAAUGAAAAAUGAAAUCAUAACUGAUCAAAGUGCAGCAUUACUGCAGGCAUUUAGUAGUGAUCAAAAGAAAGCAAGUUCAAAACAAGAUACUCUAGAGUCGAUCAUGAUUCAAGAAUUUCCAUUGGUUGAGCAAGAAGAGAUCCUUAGUGAUUAUUCAAAGCCUAUUCUUAAUAGUAUUGUUCCGUCAAUGGAGAUAGAUCACGAAAUAUCCAUUUCUGAGACAAUUGCAAACGAAGCGGAGAAAUCGUUUAAGGAGCAGCCGUUAAUUGCCCCAAAGGAGGCGGUAACUAAAAUUGUUACAGAGCAUGGAAGUAUAUUGACAACAGUGGUGGAUUCGCGUAGUGAUAUGAAGGAUCAAACGGCGGUUGCUGAUGAAAUUCAUCAAACAGCUGUCGUGAGCCAAAAUACAUUUGAAAGUUUAACGAUUGAAGAAAACACAAUUGAGGAAACUGAAACAUCAUUAACCGGUGAUUCCAAGCCUUCUUAUCAAUCGGCUAUGUACAAUAUCCAAGAAAAUAAACCAAUUGAAAUAUCUGAGGUAACUACCAGCGAUAAAGAAAACGAAUUCCGUAACAUUGCUAUGCCAUCACAUUUGAAGGCCACUUCAGAAUUUCAUACUCUCGAGGGCUUGCAAGAAUCUCAAAUCGAAACGAUUCAAGGGGUUGAACAAAUGGAGGAUGAAAAAACAAGUAUGUCUCAGGCUUCGAUCACGCAGCCAACUGUAGAGUCGUUAAUAAACACUGAAACAACCAUCGGAGAACAUGAAGGGGUCUUGCACGAUCUCCUUGAACGUGAAAAACAUAAGGGAAUUCCUCAAGUCGAUGGCUUAAAUCCCGUUUCCAUUACGGAAAUUUCAACUAACGAACUAGAAGACGUUUUGGACAUGAGACAAACACCGAAGCAUCAGCAAGCACUUCAGAAUAUUUCUGGUAACGAUAUUGUUUUUACGACAGAAGUACAAACAGUUCGAGAAGUAGAGGAACUUUCUGAAUCUAUUAAUGUUGAGUUAGUACACAGUAAAGUCAAUGUAGAUCAUUCAACGUCGUUGGUAGUUUCUGAAAUAUUAUCUCAUGAAACGGAAAAUCCCUUGCAAAUCUGGCCAAUCUCAGACGGAAUGAAAGCUGUAGUGAACUUAGAUGGGCGACAAAUCGUGGAGACGUCCGAAGUCACAACAGUACUAUCGUCCGAAGACAUGCCAAAAAUAGAUAGUCCUCAAGAGCAGAAGGGUAUACCUGAAAUUAAUGCUCUAAUUCCAUUAGAAGUCUAUCAUGUGAUGUCCAAUGAAAUUGAAGAUCAGUUUUCGGAUUCUAAAUCUGAAGGAAAAAUUGCCUCAUUGAGUUUUCCCAGUCACCAAAUAGCCGAAACGUCAGAAGUAGAAACAUUAUACUCUACUAACGAAUUAAUGAAGCGAAUAGCUCCAGAUGAGAAAGAAGGAAGUCAAAUCAUAUUAGAAUUCCAACCUAUGAUAAUUUCACAAACCAUCCAUGGGGAGACAGAAGGCCUUCUUGAAGAAGCAGAAAAAUCCACCAAAAAAUAUGCUGCAGCAAAAUUUACUGGUUAUGAUAUUGCAGAACAAACAGAGACCUUGACUCUAGCUGCCGUUGAAAAUAUAAAAGAACUUAAACCACAGGAUCAAAAAGGAAAUUUGCAACUGGAGGAGUUGUCACCAAUAACUAUAUUACAGAUCGUCUCUAAUGAAACUGAAGGACAGGUAUCGAAAUCUGAAUUUCCGGAAGAGAAAAAUGCUGAACCGCAAAUCGAGGGUCACAAAGCACCCAAAGUAUUAGAGAUCACGCCUCUAUUCACUUCUGAAACGAUCGUCGAAGAUACUCCUAAGGAAUGCACAGCUCAGCAAGCUCAUGACGAUUUAAUACCUCUUAUUGUAUCUCAAACGAUAAGUGGAGAAAUUGAAGGGCCGUUAUCUGAACAGAUAAGUCAGAACAGGAAGAAUGCACAGAUUUCCGUUGACAGUCACAAGAUAGCGGAAACAGAAGAGAGCUUGACAUUAGCCAAUCUUGGAGAAAUGAGUGAACUCCAAUUCAAUGAACAGAAGAGUGAAUUGGGUCUCGAAGAAUUAUCAUCAGUUGUAGUUACCCAAGUAGUGUCAGACGAAACUGAUCAGGCACUAGUAGAAGCUGAAACAAGUAGAAAAAGGGCAGUUCCGGAAAUCUCAGGGCACGAAGUGGCGGAAACUUCGCAGGUUCUUACAUUGCAUAGUGGACAAGAACUCAUCGAUGACAUUAUUCCGGAUGUAAAGAAAGGUGAAUCCAACGUAAAUGAAAUGCUGUCCAUACAGAUCUCACAAACAUUUGCAAAUGAAGUGGAAAAUGUUCUCCGAGACGAGGAGAAACCAGAAUCACGAACCGCUCAUUUAGAUAUAUCUGGGCAUAAAAUACCUGAAACUUCACAAAUGUUUACAAUGGAUAGUACUGAAAAAUAUUCCGAUGAGAUAACUACAGCAGAGAAGAGUAUUUUGACGUAUGAGGAAUUGAGUUCAGUAAUCACUUCACAAAUUGAUAUUAAUGACAAGGAGAGUAUCCUGGCAGCGGUCGAUUCACCAAAUUUGAAAAAUGCCGAAGCACAGGUAACUGGUAGUGAAAUAGCUGAAAAGUUUGACACAACUGUAUUGACGACCACAAAAGAUUUAUCGACUGAUGACCUACGUCAUGGAGAAAUCGGCCAGCCCAGUUUUGAAGAACAGAAAACUCUAAUCAUAUCCGAGAUAGAAUUGAGCGAAACCGAAGGAGUCCUUGAUCGUGUGAAGAAACAGGAUUCUGUGACGGCUAAACCGAAUGUUAUUUUGCAAGAUAUCGCCGAAACUAUGCAGACAACUACGUUGAAUACUUUCGAAGAAUUAACUGAACAUAAAGUACAUGAACAAAAAGGGAAACCCGUUCUUGAUGAAAAAACGUCCCUGAAUAUUGCAGAAGUCCUAUCUAAUGAACUUGAGGACACGUUCGGUGAACCGCAGAAACUAAAUAAACAGACAGGAGAAGUACAUUUACUAGGACGAAAUGUACCUGAAUCUACUGAAAUUUUGACUUUGGAGGAUAGUAAUGACUUCGAAUCAUUGGCAGCAAUAGAACGCAAAAUUAUGGCCAGAAUUGAAGAAUUGAUUCCAUUAACAAUAUCACAAACGAUUCAUCAGGAGGUUGAAGGAGAUCUACCAAAUGAUGUAAGGCCAAGUCAUGGGUUGGCAAAAAAAGAAGUGCUACCUCACGAUACAUUUGAAACCACCCAAACCCUAACACUAGGGACUUCUGAAGACUUGUACGAUGAAAAGAUUGACAAGCAGGUGGUACGCAGUACAUUGAAUGAAAUAUUACCCUUGAUUACAUCUGAAGUACACACUACCGAAACAGGACGAGAUUUUACUAGAUUAGAACGAUCAACAGAAGAAACAGCGCACAUAACAAUUUCCACACGUGACGGUGUAAUGACUGAGGAAAUUCAGAAAGUGGAUACAACCGUGGCCCUCGAUCUUGCUAAACUUCCUGAUGAAGUUCAUGGAAAUAUUGAAAUGGAUGUUCAUUCAUCAAUCGUUGUUUCUGAGCAAUUAUCAAAUGAUACCGAAGAAACCUUCACAAGACCUGAACUUUUAAAAGAAGAAACGAUACAGCAAAAAUUAUCUGGAAGGGAAGCUGCUACUACGCUUGAAACAAUUCUAUUCAACACGACACAAGAACUUUCAUCGGAUAAAAAACCAGAGAUCCAAAAAGGAUAUCCUAAUGUUGAUGUAUACUCAUCAAUAGCUGUCUCGCAAAAUAUACCCAAUGAAGUAGAAGGAGACAUGACGGACUCUGUUAUUCCACUGGAAAGUGUAGCAACCUUGAGCAUACCUCAACAAGAAGCGGCGGAAGUUUAUAUGAUGAAAACAAUUUCAAAUACUGAAAAAUUACAUGAUGCCGCCGUUCCAGCUACAAUGACAACAAAACCAACUUGGAAUGAAUUUUCGCCUUUGACAGUUUCAUAUAUUGACACAAAUGAACUUGAAGAAGACCUUGCACCGCAGAAAAAACCAGAAGAAAAAUCAGUGGAUGUAAAUAUUUCCGGCAGAAAAAUAGCCGAGAUGAAUGAGCCGUUCAUACUAAGCCAAACGGGAAAUUUGGAAGAGAAAUCUCCGAAUGAAGCCAGAAGUACUGAAACGACACUGGAAGCAUUGAGUAUUGCCGAUAAUUUUGAGAUUGUCUCCAAUGAAAUGGAAAUCAAUUUACCAGCUAGUGUCUCAUCAUCAGAAGCCAUUGCUAUGCCGAAAAUGGAAAGCAUUGGAGUAGCUGCAACAUCAGAGACACUUCCAUUAGCCCAUACAGACAGAAUGAUUGAAGAAGCACAACCCGAAGAAAAGAGAGUGACACAAAGUAUUUCAGAAUUAACAGCAUUGGCGGUAUCACAAGUGACGGAAGGAGAAAAAGAAAGCAUAUUCGUAUCGUCUGAAAUACCUACGCAGCAAAUCGUUGACGAGUCGAUAUCAAGCCAACCAGUUACAGAGACCACUCAAGUUAUGACAUCUGCUACUACAACAGACUUGAUAAUUGAAUAUGAAGUAGAUGAGAAGAAAGCCUCAUCUUCCUAUAUUCCAUUCAGGUCUCGAGAGGAAGCUUUCCAACAAGUGCACGAAACUGGCACCGAUUUGAAAAUUCCUGAUAGUGCAACCGUUUCGCAGGCACAGAUUACAAUGGAUAGUUUAGAAAGCAUUGAGACCACGCAAACAAUUUUAAGUGAGGAAAAUGAGCGGGAAAUCGUUGAAAGUCGAGCCAGUGAGGUCAACGCAAAAUUGAAUAUUCUAGGACAGGAAAUAGCUGUUAGCUCCGAAAUACAAACUGAAAUGAUAGCUCGAGAAUUUGACAGAGAGAAGCCCAGCUUACAAAAUAUUAAAAGAGUCGAUCAAAAGAACGAAAGCAUUGUUAUAACUCAGCUAGAAAUAAUGGAGGAACUUGACACAACUCAGACUGAAACAAUCAAACCAUCGAUGAAAGUGGCCAAGAUAACACAUGAACUCAAAGAUUUACACGACAUUCAUGAAACAACAGAAGUACCAGCUCCAGAAUUUGAUCACGCAUUACCCACACACUAUGAUACAUUCAUACAAGAAUAUACAGAUUCUACACAAGCACAAAUGACUGACUCCGAUAGUGAAGUAAGCACGACAACGGAAUAUAUGACGAAGUUCAGACGUGGAAGUGGAGAUGAUGAUACCUGUGCAAUAAAAACGAAGAAAACGAUCAUCAGAAAGAAGACACCAAUGAAAGAUGAAAAAGAAAAGGUGGUAAUUAUUGAAGAAGAAUUGGAAGAUAUUCAAUCAACAAUACCCAGCAUUCCCAAGAAACAGUUCUUAUUGAUCGAAGAAGUUAUGGAUAAUCAAGAAGAUGAAGAAACAGUCCCUUCAAAAAUUGAUGAAAUUGAAGACCAACCUGAACAAGAUCAAACUGAUGUUAAAAAAGAUACGACCUAUGAAGAAAUUGCAGUUACUGAGAUUUCCGCGAUGGAAAAGCCCAAGAAAAUCCCGAAACGAAAGGUUAUGCGAAAAGAUAUCCACGAACAGGAGACUGAAGAAAUCAGAAAAGAACAAGACGAAAAAACAUCCGUCAUUGCUAUACUGGAAAAAGAUAUUGAAGAUACGGUCCCAGAAGAUAUUGUGGAAACUAUGAUGAGUAUUAAGCCUAUACAAGCAGUUGAGAAAGAAGAAAUUCGGGAAGAAAUCACGGUUACUGAAGAAGAAGUUACUGGAGAAAAACCAAAGAAAAUAACGAGGAAGAAAAUAAUUAGAAAGAAAAAUGGUCAGAAACAGGUAACUGAGGAAGUGACAGUAGAACAAGAUGGUAAGAAACCCAUCACUACUGUUCUAGAAAAACCGAAUGAAGAAAUAAUUCCAGAACACGCUGCCGAAUUUAUGCCAAGUAUUGAGCCUAUACAAGCAGUUGAGAAAGAAGAAAUUCAAGAAGAGAUCACUGUUACCGAAGAAGCCCCUGUGGGCGAAAAACCAAAGAAAAUUACGAGAAAGAAAAUCAUUAAAAAGAAAGGCGGUCGACAACAGAUCUCCGAAGAAGUGACUGUAGAACAGGAAGGUACAAAACCUGUCACGACGGUUCUAGAAAACCCCAUGGAAGAAAUAAUUCAAGAACACACUGCAGAACUUCUGCCAAACAUUGUGCCUGUAAAAGCAACUGAGAAAGAGGAAAUUCGGGAAGAAAUCACCGUUACUGAAGAAACAGUUGCAGGUAAAAAGCCAAAGAAAAUAACGAGGAAAAAAAUCAUAAGAAAGAAAGGUGACCGACAACAGGUGACCGAGGAAGUGACGGUCGAACAGGAGGGUGAAAAACCUAUCACCACUGUUUUAAAAAAACCUACAGAAGAAAUAAUUCCAGAACACACUGCAGAAUUUCGUCCAAGUAUUGAGCCUGUACAAGCAGUUGAGAAAGAAGAAAUUCGAGAAGAAGUCACCGUUACUCAAGAAAUUAUUGCAGAUAAAAAGCCUAAAACCAUAACGACGAAGAAAAUCAUAAAAAAGAAAGGCGGUCGACAACAGGUGAUUGAGGAAGUGACCGUAGAACAGGAAGGUGAAAAACCUGUCACGACGAUUGUAAAAAAGCCUACUGAAGAAAUAAUUCCAGAGCAUACUACAGAAUUAGUUCCAAUUAUUGAACCUGUACAAGCAGUUGGGAGGGAAGAAAUUCGGGAAGAGAUCGCCGUUACUGAAGAGACUGUUCCAGUCCAUAAACCAAAGAAAGUAACAAAAAAAAUGUUUAUAAAAAAGAAAGAUGGGCAGCAACAAGUGACCGAAGAAGUGACCGUAGAACAGGAAGGUAAAAAACCCGUCACCACUAUUCUAGAAAAACCCAUUGAUGAAUUAAUUCCAGAACACACUGUAGAACUUCUGCCAAGCAUUGAGCCUGUGAGAGCAACUGAGAAAGAGGAAAUUCGUGAAGAGAUUACUGUUACUCACGAAAUUUCUAUAGGUGAAAAGCCAAAGAAAAUAACGAGGAAAAAAAUCAUAAGAAAGAAAGGUGACCGACAACAGGUGACCGAGGAAGUGACGGUGGAACAGGAAGGUGAAAAACCUAUCACCACUGUUUUGAAAAAACCUACUGAAGAAAUAAUUCCAGAACACACUACAGAAUUUCGUCCAAGUAUUGAGCCUGUACAAGGAGUUGAGAAAGAAGAAAUUGGAGAAGAAAUCACCGUUACUGAAGAGACUAUUCCAGGUCAUCAACCAAAGAAAGUGACAAAGAAAAAGAUUAUAAAAAAGAAAGAUGGGCGACAACAACUGACCGAAGAAGUGACCGUAGAACAGGAAGGUAAAAAACCCGUCACCUUUAUUCUAGAAGAACCCAUGGAAGAAAUAAUUCCAGAAAACACUGCAGAAUUUCUUCCAAGUAUUGAGCCUGUGCAAGCAGUGGAGAAAGAAGAAAUUCGGGAAGAAGUCACCGUUACUCAAGAAAUUUGUAUAAGCGAAAAGCCCAAGAAAGUAACAACGAAGAAAAUUAUAAAAAAGAAAGGCGGUCGACAACAGAUCACUGAGGAAGUGACCGUACAACAGGAAGGUAAGAAGCCUGUUACGACGGUUGUAGAAAAAUACACUGAAGAAAUAAUUCCAGAACAUACUACGCAAAUUUUGCCCAGUAUUGAGCCUAUACAGGUAACUGAAAAAGAAGAGACUAGGGAAGAGACGACUGUUACUGAAGAGAUUAUCACAGGUGAAAAACCGAAAAAAAUAACGAAGAAGAAAAUGAUUAGAAAGAAAGGCGGCCGACAACAGGUAACUGAGGAAGCGACAAUAGAACAAGAGGGUAAAGAACCCAUCACUGUUCUGAAAGAACCUAUUGAAGAAUCGAUUCCGGAAUACAUCGUAGAACCUCUGCCAAGUAUUGAGUCUGUGCAGGCAAUUGAAGAAGAAGAAAUUCGGGAAGAGGUCACCGUUACUGAAGAGAGUGUUACAGGUGAAAAACCAAAGAAAAUAACGAGGAAGAAAAUUAUUCGAAAAAAAGGGGGGCGACAACAAGUCACCGAGGAAGUGACCGUAGAAGAAGAAGGUAAGAAACCUGUAAGAACGGUUCUGGAAAAACCUACUGAAGAAAUAGUUCCAGAACACAUUGCAGAAUUGUUUCCAAGUAUUGAGCCUGUACAAGCAGUUGAGAAAGAAGAAAUUCGAGAAGAAGUCACCGUUACUCAAGAAAUUAUUGCAGAUAAAAAGCCUAAAAAAAUAACGACGAAGAAAAUCAUAAAAAAGAAAGGCGGUCGACAACAGGUGAUCGAGGAAGUGACCGUAGAACAGGAAGGUGAAAAACCUGUCACGACGAUUGUAAAAAAGCCUACUGAAGAAAUAAUUCCAGAGCAUACUACAGAAUUAGUUCCAACUAUUGAACCUGUACAAGCAGUUGGGAGGGAAGAAAUUCGGGAAGAAAUCACCGUUAGUGAAGAGACUGUUCCAGGCCAUAAACCAAAAAAAGUAACAAAGAAAAAAAUUAUUAGAAAGAAAGGUGGUCGACAACACGUGACGGAGGAGGUAACAAUAGAACAAGAAGGUAAAGCACCCGUGACUACUGUAUUCGAAAAACCUACUGAGGAAAUAGUUCCAGAAUACACUGCAGAACUUCUCCCAAGGAUUGAGCCUGCACAAGCAGUUGAGAGGGAAGAUAUUCGGGAAGAAAUCACAGUUACUGAAGAGGUUACUGAUGAUGAGAAACCAAAGAAAGUAACAAAGAAAAAAAUCAUUCGAAAGAAAGGUGGUCAGCAACAGGUCACCGAGGAAGUCACCGUAGAACAGAAUGGUACGAAACCUGUCACGACGGUUUUAGAAAAACCUACUGAAGAAACAAUUCUAGAACAUACUGCGGAAUUACUCCCAAGUAUUGAGCCUGUACAAGCAGUUGAGAAAGAAGAAAUUCGUGAGGAGGUCACCGUUACUGAAGAAAUUCUUACAAGUGAAAAACCAAAAAAAAUAACGAGGAAGAAAAUUAUUCGAAAAAAGGGUGGUCAACAACAAGUGACCGAGGAAGUGACCGUAGAACAAGAAGGUAAAAAACCGAUCACGACUGUUCUAGAAGAACCUACCGAAGAUAUAAUUCCACAACACACUGCGGAAACUUUGCCAACUAUUGAGCCUGUACAGGCAACUGAAAAAGAAGAAAUUCGGGAAGAGACAACUGUUACAGAAGAAACUGUUAUAGGUGAAAAACCGAAGAAAAUAACAAGAAAAAAAAUUAUUAGAAAGAAAGGUGGUCGACAACAGGUAACUGAGGAAGUGACAGUAGAACAAGAAGGGAAAGAACCUAUCACCACUGUUCUGAAAGAGCCUACUAAAGAAUUGGUUCCAGAGUACAUUAUAGAAUCUCUGCCAAGUAUUGAGCCUGUGCAGGCAAUUGAAAAAGAAGAAAUUCGGGAAGAGGUCACCGUUACUGAAGAGAGUGUUACAGGUAAAAAACCAAAGAAAAUAACGAGGAAGAAAAUUAUUCGAAAAAAAGGCGGUCAACAACAAGUCACCGAGGAAGUGACCGUAGAAGAAGAAGGUAAGAAACCUGUAAGGACGGUUCUGGAAAAACCUACUGAAGAAAUAGUUCCAGAACAUAUAACUGAACCUCUGCCAAGUUUAAAGCCUGUGCAAGCAACCGGAAAAGAAGAAAUUGCAGAAGAGAUCACUGUUAUUGAACAGACUGUUAUGGGUGAAAAGCCGAAGAAAAUAACAAAGAAGAAAAUUAUUCGAAGAAAGGAUAGUCAACCAGAGAUUACUGACAAGGUGACGGUAGAGCAAGGAAGUAAAGAACCCGUCACCACUGUAUUGGAAAAACCCAGUGACGAAUCGAUUCCAGAAGAAAAGAAAAAAAUCUCAAAGAAGACUAUUCGUAAGAAAGCAGAUAAGCUUCGAACUCCUAGUGAACUUUCCCUAGGACACGACGAACCUGUUGAUGGCAUCGUCCCUGAUGAAACGACUGAAUUUUUCCCAGCCAUAAAACGUGUUAGCGCUACUGAAGCUGUUGAAAUUCCUAAAUCUUUCACUCAAGUAAACAUCAUUUGCGAAGGUGCAAUUGAGCCUAUGGAUCACGAGUUCACUAGCUCCACACAAAUAUCACACAAAAAACCAAUACACUAUACAACAAUAGAACCAAAACUGAUUGAGUCGGGUUCUCUAGGUGUAACCGAGGAUAUCAUUCAACUGGAACCACUUGAGGAAAAGAAACGCGGAUCAGUUGAAGUUCUGAAAACGGAAGAAGAUGCCAUUCAAACGUUAAUAACUCCAGAAAAAACAGUAAUGCGUAAAAAAUCAGUCUCUGAUGAUGCCACGCUGGAGAGAACUAUAGAGAAAGUAAUAAAAACGCCGAAAGAAGAAACUAAAUUAUUAGAAGAUCAGAACAUAAUCGAGAUUCGUGAAACUUCAUCUGAGAGAGUUAUAAAGAGAAAAAUUUUAACUGCAAGUGAUGACACUAUUCCCACUGAGGAAAUUGAAAUCAUCGUCAUCAGAAAACCUGAAGUGGAAAAAGCUGAAGCAAUUAUAAAAGCAGCUGAAAAAUAUGACACUACCUUGGCAGAUGUAAGACAGGCUCCUGCGAAAACUACUGAAAUUAUAGAAGAAAUCUUGGAAACGAUUGAAACACCCACCAAACGAACAGUAAAGAAACUGAAAAAGAAGCCGCAGGACGUUCGUUUUUCAACAGAAGUUAUCGAAGAAUCUAUCGAUAAACCAAUUGAAGAUACUAUUUUCAUGGAAGAACAGCAUAUCACGGAAGUAGUUGAGACUCCAGAAAAAAUAAUAAUCAAAAAAUUGCGAAGUACUCCUCGUGAGGGACAGAUUCCUGAAGAUGAAAUUGAAGAGAUCGUUAUUCCUAAAGUGAAUAAGGAACAUGCUGACAUCUUAGUCGAUACAUUAGGGACGAUUGCUAUUACACAAACAUUUGUAGAGGAAUGCCAACCAAUGGAUAUAAUUGAAAUACUUGAGACUCCCCAAAAGAUUACCGUGACGAAAACGGUCAAGGAUGAUACGGCAGAUGCGCCACAUAUUACCAUUCAAGAAGUGAUUACAAAGCCUGAAGAACAAGUAGCCUUAAUGGAAAAACAACAAGUAGUUGAGACUCGCGAAACGAAAACACAUGUAUUAAUAAAGAAGAAAAAACAAGUUGUGAAACAAGAUGGGAAAAUAGAAAGCGUUAUUGAAGAAAUCGUAAUUCCCAAACCGACGGAGACAACCUCCAAGCAUUUGGAAGAUGUUGAAUUUACAGAUCAACAAAUUUCGAAAACUAUUGAAACGCCAGAUAAAUUAAUUAUUGAAAAACGAAGGAAAUCCCAGGAAACCGGGCAAUCCGAGGAAGUGUUGCAGGAAAUUAUCAUUAAACCCCUUGAUAAGGAUUCAUUCAUGAAUAAGCAAAACAUUUUGCAAAUUAUCGAAACGCCUGAACAGACGACCAUCACAAGAAAAUGCACAAUUAUCAAGAGUGAUGGCGUUCCUGAUGAAAUUAUUGAGGACAUUGUCCUACCAAAAGUAAAUACCGCAAAAGCUAAAUUGGUUACCGAGACAGUCGACAAUGGUCAAAUCACUAUCACCAAGCCUGAAAUAUUGAAACCAACCGAGGAAGAAGAAAUACUGGAAAUAGUAGAAACGCCUCUGAAAAAAGUUACGAAAAAAGUUAAGAAAUCAACUGAAGGCAAACCUCGAGAUACUGUCGAAGAACUGGAAAUGAAACCCGUUGAUGAGGGAAAGUCAAUGGAAGAGCAGAAAAUCGUUGAGGUCAUUGAGACUCCCACGAAGAAAAUUAUCAGGAAAACUAAAACUGUAGUAAAGGAUGAUGGAUAUCCUGUCGAAACUAUAGAAGAAAUAGUUCUCCUGAAGCCGCAGAAACAAAAAGCUAAACCAAUGACUCAUGAAUUGGCGACUGUCAGAAUUACAACACCAAAUAUAUUGCAGCAACCUGAAAAAAUAGUGGAAAUAGUUGAAACACCUAAAAAGAGAGUGAUAAAGAAGAUCUCACUAUCCACUCCAGAUAUGCAGGAAAAUGUCGCUGAAGAAGUAAUCGAAAAAACAUUGGAAGAAGGCCACUCAAUGGUUGAGCAAAAUAUUCUCGAGAUUACUGAAACACCAUCGAAAACAAUUAUAAAACGAAGAAUUCCUGUUACCAUCGAAGGUACCGGAGAAGAAGAAACAAUUGAAGAAAUUACCUUAUUAAAACCAAUUCAGGAACAUGUAAAAUAUUUUAUUGAGGAUUUCGGAAAAGCCGAAAUUUCCCCCGCUCCAAUAAUUGAAAUGGUCGAAACCCCGAAAACUAGAAUUAUAAAAAGAAAAAGCCCGAAGAAAACCAAGAAAGCCGUAGUUGCAGAAAUUAUUCCUAAAUCUUCAGAAGAAUCAGAAUUGAUGGAACAACAGCAGAUCAUUGAAAUAAAAGAAAAACCGACUGAAACAGUAAUUAAACGCAAAUUACCAGUAACUGUGAGCGAUGGGACCGCUGAAGAAGCGAUUGAAGAAAUUGUUCUUCCAAAAGUGAGGAAGGAGAAGGCACAUCAUGUUAUAGAUGAGAUAGGGACUGUAACGAUUACGGAAAUCGGUGUUCAUGGUGAUGUUGUCCAAGAUACAUUGGUCGAAAAAAUUGAAACACCAUCUGAAGUCAUUCUGAAGAAAAAGAGAAAGAGUAUAAUAAAAGAUAAGCCAGAGGAAGAUAUUGAAGAAAUAAUUCUCAAACCCCAUACAACUGAUAAUUCAUUGGAGGCUCAAAACAUAAUUGAAAUAGUGGAAACAUCUACUACUAAAGUAAUCAAAAGAAGGAAGCCCGUUGAUUCUAAAUAUCCGGAUGAUGUGACAGAAAUCAUCGAAGAAAUUAUUAUCCCAAAACCUGUUAAAGAAAAAGCUGAUGUUGUUAUAGAACCGCUGUUGACCGCGGAUAUGACACAACCCCGUAUUUUCGAAAUCAUCGAAACACCAACUAUCAGGAUCGUAAAGAAAAAGAAACCUGCUAAAAAUGAGGAGGCUGAAGAAAUAACUGAAGAAAUAAUUCAUAAACCGAUCGAAGAAGCUGCAGUCAUGGACGAACAAAAAAUUGUUGAAAUAAGAGAAUCACCAAGUAAAACUAUAAUCACACGAAAAUCAAGUACAGUUAAUGAAGAGGGAAUUUUAGGCGAAUCAGUAGAAGAUAUAGUUCUGCAUCGACCUAAACUGCGCUCAGCUGAAUUCAUUACUGAUGACAUUGGUAUGUCAACAAUAACAAUAGUUGACGUCCGAGAAGGACCUAUUGAAGACGUAAUUGUUGAAACUAGAGAAACUCCUACACAAUUGAUUACAAAAAAGAAAAGAAAACCUAUGAAGAAAGAUGAGGCCGAUGUGAUUGUAGAAGAAGUUUUCAAUAAACCUGUUGAAGACAAAUCGAUGGAGAACCAACAAAUCGUUGAAAUUAUCGAUAAUGCGUUUGAAAAAGUAAUAAAACUGAAAAGAUCAUCAUUGAAAGAAGGUCAAGUGAUGGAUGAAACGAUAGAAGAAAUUGUGAUUCCGAAACCCAAUUUAGUCAAUGCAAUAGGAACCAUCGUGCCUUCCGAAAAAAUUGAUGUAUCCGAAAUUAUCUCUGAAAAACCGAGAGAGAAAGUGGACCAAAAAGAAUCGAUUAUUUCUGAUGCUCCUGUCAUACCGCUAGAGGAAAAGCCGACAAUGGAAGGUAGUGCAAUAGUUCCCGAAGCUCCCAUAACUGAUAAAAAGUCGAAAAAACCCAAAAAGACGAAAAAAGGAGAAAAAACAGUGACAUUCAAUGAAACUGUCAUGACUUCUGAAAUUGCACCGGAAACUACAGUCACUAGGGAGGAAAUUGAAAAACCCAAAGAAGAACAGGAGGUCAUAUUACCUAAAGUUGAGGAAAUCCCGAAAGAUGAAGAAGUUACUGUCGAUAAGAAAGUGGAAGAGCUGCCCAAACCUUUAAAAGAGUCGGUUGAUACUUGGGAUGAAGAAAAAUCAACAACUGCUGACGUACCUAAAGAUAAAAAACCCAUCGAGGACACAACAGAGAAGAAGAUAAAGAAAAAGAAGAAGAAGCCUGCCAAGAAAGAAGAAUGGGAAGAAUGGGUAGAACCUGAAUAUGAACGACCAGUUCUAGAACCAAUGCCAGAAAAAAUUUCUUGGGAACCAUCAAAAAGAAAGAAAGAAAAAAUUCCGGAAUCUACAAAACUCGAGAAACUUGUACCUAAUAAAAUUAUCAGGGGAACAAAUAAACCAAAACAGUUGACCUUUACUGAACCGAAAGAAGAAAUCCAGUUUGCCACAAUGAAGCUGAAAAAAGCUACAGCCAUACAAAGGAAAGAAGCACCGGCUGUUAAAUUUCCGAAAAUCAUGCUCCGUAGUCGAAUCACGUUUCAUGGAGAAUAUCCGCCAGAAUUACAGUAUUUGAAACUAAGUUCUAUUGAACCAAACCCGCCGCAGGCUGGUAUUUUAUCACGAAAUGCUGAGGAGGCAAUGCAAGUGCUUAAAAAGAAAAUGAAGAAAAUAAAGUUACCUGAAAAAGAGAUAGUGGAAUUGGAAAAAUUGGAUCAAGACUUCGAAAAACUGAAGGAAAUUCCUCUGGAGGAAAUGCCCGAUAAGUCUCUUUACCAACGGCAACCAAAGAAAUCUAAAGAAGAGCAAGCACCUGCGAAGCCUCUGAAAAUUGGUAAAGGAAAAAUUCCAGAAAAACCUGAAGAAAUGAUUGAGGAUGUCAAAUUGAAGAAAAUCCCGGAACAAGAAAAAAUAGAUACCGAGGAGGAACCCAUUAAACCCAAAAAACCUGACGAUGAGAAAAAAUUGAAAACUGAAAAGAAAGAUACGCCCCGAAUGGAUCUCCAACCAGUAGAACUGAAACCACUAGAAUUUUCAAGACCUGAAUUAGAGGAAUACCAGCCACCAAAAAAAUCGCCGGAAGAAGAAAAAGUUCCAGAUAUUGAAAAACCGAAAUAUAUUAAAAAACCGAAAACAAAGGUGGAUCAAGAACUAGAGCAAGUUCCUAUCAUACCAGGCAUUCCAAAAGUACCUGAACCGGAAGAACAACCAGAGGUCAAAUUUAGAAUACCAGAACGGCCUAAGCCUGAGGACGAGGAAAUACCAAUCAAACUCAAACCUUGGAAAAAACCUACUCCAGAAGAAGAAGAUACUCCAGUAUCCUUGCAGGUAGAACCCAAGCCAAUACCUGAUGUGUUUAAAGAAACUGAAGAGGAGGUAGAUCAACGUCCAGAUCAAGUGGAAGAGUUACCCAAAGAAAAAUCUGCAAAAAAGAAACCCAAGAAGAAACCAAGUAAAAAAGAAAAUUGGGAAGAGUGGGUUGAACCUGAAUAUGAGCGCCCUGUUUUGGAACCAAUGCCUGAGAAAAUUGAUUGGCAACCUACACCAAAGAAAAAGAAAGAAUCGGUACCGCAAGAUGUUCCACAAAAAAUGAAGAUUUCGAAAGAGGAAGUUCCAGAUAUUCCUGAUGGUGAAAAGAAAAUUCACAAUAUUCUUGAAGAAGAGAAGGAAGACGAGGAUAUCCCUAAAAAAGAGAUAUUAGAAAAGAAGCCGGAGAAAGUUGUAGAAACUGAAGAACCUAUUGUUGAAGUGCGACUCGUAAAACGAAACAGUUCUGUGCCUGAAGAGGUUAUUGAGGAAGAAGUCAUUGAGGAAGUAACAUUAACUACAAUUUCUAAAGAAAAACCUGAAGAGGUUGUUGAAGAAUUAGUAGUAAAGAAAAAGCCAAAGAAAAAAUCGAAGAUUAAGGAAGAAACGACUGAAACAACAGUACUAAAACAACCGAGUACAGUGUCGGAAACCCAAGAAGAAACUAUCAUUGAGGAAUUACCUCCCAUUCCACGUGCCGAAGAUAAGCCCCGCGAAAUUACUGAAGAAGUUACAAUCAAGAAAAAGCCUAAGAAAGAUAAAGUGAUUAAGGAAGAAGUUGCUGAAGUUAAACUUCCAAAAAAGAAGAAAGGUAUAUCAGAAGUCACUGAGGAAGUCACCGAAGAAGUUGUGUUGAAGAAAAAACCAAAGAAAAAACCAAAGACUAAGGAAGAAGAAGCUGAAGCAACAAUAUUAAAACAAGCAAGUGCAGUGUCCGAAAUUCAACGAGAGCAUAUUAUUGAAGAAGUACCUUUGACUCCACUUACUGAGGAACAACCUCAGGAAAUUACUGAAGAAAUCACCUUACAGGAAAAACCAAUAAAAGACGUUUUCGAGGAAACAGUAACUGAAGUGAGACUCCCGAAGCGAAAGAGUGUCGUACCUGAGGACCAGCAGCCAGACAUUAUUGAAGAAGUAACAGUAAUAACGGUUUCUAAAAAGGCACCUAAAGAGGAACCUGAGGAGGUUAUCGAAGAAGUAGUAUUGAAAAAGAAACCGAAAAAAAAAUCAACGAUUAAGGAAGAUGCUACUGAAAUUAGUGUCCUACAAAAUGCAACUACAGUGUCCGAAGUUCAAAAAGAAGACGCAAUUGAAGAGGUGCCCUUGAUUCCGCUUCAAGAAGACAAGCCUGAAGAAAUUAUUCAAGAAGUUACGCUGGAGAACAAACCAAUGGAGGACACGAGUGAAGAAACUGUACCUGAAGUGAGACUCCCAAAACGAAAAAGUAUUGUGGCUGAAACCCAGCAAGAAGACGUUAUCGAAGAAGUAACAUUAACAAAGUUUCCAAAAGAGAAACCUGAAGAAAUUGCUGAAGAAGUAAUACUGAAGAAAAAACCAAAGAAAAAAUCGAAGAUUGUGGAAGAAACUACUGAAAUUACGGUCAUAAAACAACCAAGUGCAGUUACCGAACUUCAACAGAAAGAUGUAACUGAACUUGUGAUUCCUCUGCCUGAAGAGGAGCCUGAGGGUAUCGCGAAGGAUACGAUAAUUGAGGAAGAAAUAACAGAAGUAAGACUCUCAAAACGAAAAAGUGUUGUACCUAAAGUCCAGCCAGAGGAGGUUAUCGAGGAAAUAACAUUGACGACAGCUCCUCAAGAAAAACCUGACGAAGUUGCUGAGGAAUUAAUCUUGAAGAAGACACCGAAGAAAAAAUCGAGGAUUGUAGAAGAAAUUCCUGAAAUUACAGUAUUAAAACAACCAGAAACUGUUUCGGAAAUUCAACAUGAAGAAGUAAUCGAAGAGAUCUCUGUAAUGUCUCUUCCUAAAGAAAAACCUCAGGAUAUUACUGAACAAGUUACAUUAAAGAAAAAGCCGAAGAAAAAAUCGAAGAUUGAAGAAGCCACUACUGAAACUACUAUACUAAAACGACCAACUAUAGUUUCCGAAAUUGAACAGGAAGAAAUAAUUGAAGAGGCUUCUUUAAUUCCUCUACCUAAAGAGAAACCACAAGAAAUUACUGAAGUUGUUGCUGAAGUGAAACUUCCAAAACGAAAGAGUCUUGUACCUGACGAUUUUAUUGAAGAAAUAACCUUAACAACAAUUUCUGAAGAAAAACCUCAGGAUAUUACAGAAGAAAUCAAAUUGAAGAAAAAAUCUAAGAAAAAGACCACGACUGAAGAAACAGUCGCUGAAAUUACACUGACAAAACCAAGUCCAGUCUCCCAAGAGAAACCUGAAGAUAUUGCUGAAGUAACAUUGAAAACGAAGCCAAAAGAGAAAAAAGUCGUGGAAGAAGAUACGGUGGAAAUUACAUUACAAAAGCAACCAAUUACACCUGAUAAACCUCAAGAAGAAAUACAUGAGGAAGUGACAUUGAAAAAAAUUCCCAAACCGAAAAAACCGGAUGAGGACAUAAUUGAAGAAGUUUCUAUUAAAAAGCUCCCUGUGAAACCAUCGAAUGAAGAACCCGCCGAAGUUACUGGAAAGAUCAAACAAAAGAAAACUCCCAAAAAGAAACCUGUGGUUGAAGAGAAAGCAGACGAACUGACUGUACAAAAACCUAUGUUGCUAAAGCAAGCAGACGAAGAAACUGGUCCCACAUACGAAGAAGCAACUCCAGAGGACCAUCCUAAAGCAAUCACAGAGAUAGCGACUGAAAAACAAGUGGAAUCCUUGUUGGAGGACAAGCCGCAGGAGAUUAUAGUACAAAAAUCAUCAGAAAUUAAGACAAAAGAAGAAACUUCAAUCGAGGAAGACGUUGAUGAGGUUACUUUACGGAAACCACACAUUGUUACAGAAGAUGUGACAGAAGAGGUAGUCCUUCAGAAGAAAAUAGGAAAACCUGCGAAGGUGGAUGAGAAAUCGGACGAAAUUACAAUCAAAAAACCAGAAAUUGUCACAGAGGAAGUAACAGAGGUAGUCCUUCAGAAGAAAAAACGCAAACCUUCCAAAGUAGAUGAGAAACCAGAUGAAAUUACAAUUAAAAAACCAGAAAUUGCCACGGAGGAAGUAACGGAAGAGAUAGUCCUUCAGAAGAAAAAACGCAAACCUUCAACGGUGGAUGAAAAAUCAGACGAAAUUACAAUUAAAAAACCGGUAAUUGUACCAGAGCAAAAGGAAGAUGAAGAAGUUAUUCAGAACGUCCUUUUAAAGAAAAAAGCCAAGAAACCGCAGACCACCGAAGAGAUUGAAGAUGAAAUUACUAUACAAAAACCAAAAAUCGAUAAAACCAUGGAAGAACCUGAGGAAUUUUCAGAAGAGACUACAUUAAUUAAAAAACCAAAGAAGACUGUAGUCACUGACGAAGGUCAAGAUGAACUUACAAUCAAAAAACGGGUAGUCGAAGUACCUGUGGAUGAGGUAGAAGAAUCGGUGCAGAGUGUAAAAAUUAAAAAGCCAAAGGCGAAACAAGCAGAGGAGUCAGUUGAGCAGAUCACUAUUCGAAAGAAACGAGAGAGAAAACCAAAAGUUGUUGAAGAAUCAGAAGAAACAGAAAUCACAAUAAAGAAAAAACCGAAAGAGGCUGAAGAAACAACGAAAAUAUCUGAAAUAUCCGCCGAUAUUCAAUUAAAGAAGGGACCGGGUCCUACUGUUAUUGAAAGUACUGAUAGCUUAGUCAUAAAGAAAAUCGAAGAACAAGUUGACGAGGAACCUGAGGUAUUUGAAAUUCUUGAAGUAGAAGAACCCGAGACAGUCGAAGAAUAUACAUUCAAACGUAAGCCACCCAAGAAAGCUCCAAAACCUAUGGAGAAUAUUUAUGAAGAUGUAACAUUACGUAAAUUACGACCAAAGAAAAAACGUCCAGAUAUCACCGAAAUCACUGAAACAGAAAAUGUCACGUUCAGACCCAAAACAACUAGAACAAAAGAAGACGUUGAACAAGAGUUCAAGAUCUCUUUGAAUGUUUAUGAAGAAGAGGAUAUCUCUAUGUCUGGGAAAGUUCGACUAAAACCGAAAAAACGAACACCAACGUAUUCCGAAGAAGCGGGAGAAGAGACUAUCAAAAUUAUCAAAGGACCAGAAAAUGAUGAUGAACCAAUCACCGAAGAAAUAAUUUAUGAGUCAGAUGAUGAAACUAAGGAAGAAUAUAGUGUGGAAGAACUCGAACUUGAUGAAUUUAAUCUUCCUCUGAGGAGAAAAAGAAAAACAAAAGUUCCCUAUGCUGUGGAGGAGAUCGAAGAAGAUGAUGUUAAAAUGCCAUUGAAGAGUAGCCGGAAAUAUUCUGUCGAAGAAGCUGAUGAAUCUUUAGCCCUCAAGUUGAAAUCGAGACGGCGGGUAUCUACAUACGAAGAAGAGGCUGCGACGCUUGACAUAUCAAAAACAAGUGAUAUUUAUGAAGAAGGCGAAGAGGAAUACACAAUUCACGAAGGCGAUUGUAUGUUUUCGGUUUGUACAUACAUUGCCGAAAAUGAUGAAGCUGUAAACUUAAUAGAAGGAGAACAGGUUUACGUAAUUGAAAAUACAAACAGUGAUUGGUGGUUCAUUAAAAAGUAUUUGUCCCAAGAAACGGGUUGGGUUCCGGCGCAAUACUUGCUCGAUGAGAAACACUACGCUAUAUAUUUCCAAAGAAAACUAAAUGAAAAAAUUGAUAAACUUCCUGUUUUUGAAAAGCCACCAGCAGGCACAGAUACGUAUGCUCCGCGUUUUAUCGAAAAAUUGAAACCCAUUCAUACUUCCGAUGGUUACACAGUGCAAUUUGAGUGUCAAGUUGAAGGUCUUCCGAGACCUCAAAUCACGUGGUUCAGACAGACAGCUAUCAUUAAACCAUCUCAGGACUUCCAGAUUUAUUAUGACGAGGAUAAUACAGCAACAUUAAUUAUUCGCGAAGUAUUCUCUGAAGAUGCCGGUAAAUAUACUUGUGUGGCUAAAAAUGCUGCUGGAUUCGCGUCCAGCACAACAGAUCUCACAGUAGACGGACCCGUAUCCGAUCAUGGCUCCGACGUAACGGUACAUUCGCGAAAAAGUCUGUCGAAGGAAUCUUCCCUUACAGAUAUUCUGGAAGGCAUACCACCAACAUUUUCGAGAAAACCAAAAGCGAAAUGUGUGAAUGAAAAUACAGAUGUUAUCCUGGAAUGCCGAUUAGUUGCCGUACCAGAACCAGAAAUAACAUGGUACUAUGAGAACAAGAAGAUACCUACUUCAGAGAAUAUUACAAUUGUUACUGAAAGUGAUAUGCACAUGUACUGCAGCUUAAUGAAAAUCAGUCGGGUUAAAAAAGUACAGGAAGGACGAUAUAAAAUCGUAGCUACUAAUAGAGAGGGCGAAGCUACGAUUGAAAUACCACUGAAGGUGAAAACUGGAGUCAAAGAGCCACCGGAGAUCCUAGAACCUCUUGUUCCAUUGGUAAUCCGCGAGGGCGAAACCGUGGUAUUAUUUACACAAAUCGUAGGAACCCCCGAACCUACUAUCACUUGGUUAAAAGAUGGAAAACCUCUAAAAAAUCUGAGCCCUGUCAAAGAUGGCGAUAUGAACAAACUCACACUGAUUCAACCGAAAAUAUCAGAUUCAGGAGUAUAUUCUUGUACUGCUACUAAUGAGUGUGGAAGAAUAGAAACAAAAGCGUCACUCACCGUGGAAGAAGUGCCAACUGGAUCCCCUGAACCGCCAUUAUUUAUCGAACGUUUCCAAGAAAUAAUAGUCCCGGAAAAAGAAACAUUCCAACUUAUUGCGAAAGUGACUGGUAAUCCCACACCUGAAGUUCUUUGGUUGAAAAAUAAUGAACCAUUGAAAAAAUCAGCCAAUACUACUGAAAAAUAUGAUGGUGAAAACAUCAUGCUUGAAAUAAAGAGUGCAGAUUCCGAAGUAGAUUCCGGUGAUUACAAAUGCAUAGCAACUAACUUAAUUGGAAAAGCAUCUCAUGGUGCCAAAGUCACUGUAGAUGUACCACGAGUCACAUUUACCAAGAAACUUGAAAAACAACAAACUAUUGAUGAAUAUAAGACUUUGGAGCUUAUCUGCGAAACAUCGCACACCGUAUCAACCAGAUGGUGGCACAACAACAACGAAAUAAGUGGAAUGGAUCAUCGCGAAGUUAUUCAAGAAGGGCGAGUGCAUAAGCUUCGCAUCAAAAAGAUGAAUAUGAAUGACGAAGGUCUUUACAGCUGCACCGUCAAAAGCCAAUCAACAAGUUGUACUGUUACCGUUAAACCAACAAAGCCGGAGUUUGUUAAGAAAUUACAAGAUUUGGAAGUUACUGAAAAGAAUAUUGCUAUCCUCGAAGUAGAGAUAACAUCAAAUUCAGCUGAUGUGUCAUGGGAAAAAGAUGGCCAACAAAUCUUGCCAAAGGAGCAUGAAAUUGAGUUUGUGAAAGAGGGCACAAUUCGCAAAUUGUUAAUACGCAACACAUCAGUUCAUGAUGAGGGAGAAUACACUUGUAUUUUACCAGACGAACGGUGUAGUGCAGAUAUGACCGUUGUUGAAUUGCCACCUGAGAUUAUCACGAAGAUGAAAGAUGUUCGAAUAGUGAAAGGAGAUAAAGCAACUUUCGAAAUUGAAUUGACCAAAGGAGAUGCAUUAGUACGAUGGAUGAAAGAUGGUGAAGAUUUGCAAUUCUCUGAGCACGUAACAUUAUAUAUCGAUGGAAAACGCCAAAAACUGAAAAUUUAUAACGCAGUUAGUGAUGAUGCAGGUGUUUAUUCUUGCGAAGUUGGACACCAAACAUCGAAAGCAACUCUUACUGUUGAGGAACCUGGAGUUAAUUUCAUUAGGAAACUUCCUGAAAUAACAUCAACUCCUUUAGAUGAAGACGUGCUAUUAACUAUUGAAAUAUCCGAAUCUGAUAUUCCUGUUCAAUGGUUCAGGAAAGACGUAUUAAUCCAGGAUUCGGAUAAGUACACGAUUAUCGAUGAAGGCGCAGUGAAAAAACUCAUCAUCGGCGGAUGUUCCAUAGAUGAUGCUGCAGAAUACAGUGCGUGCAUUCUGAACAUGAAAACAACGACGAAAUUGAAAGUUGAAAUCACUGAGUUAGCUCCCAAAAUUUCAAGCGAAACCUCGAAAAUCUACAAAGUAAAACAGGGAGAUAAUGCCCAUCUACGAGUGUCAUAUUUUGCAUCACCAAUACCUACUUAUAAGUGGCUUGUAAAUGAUACCAUCAUCGCGGAAACUGAUAGAAUCGUUCCAGCUUUGGAUGAUGAGAUAGCUCAUCUUAAAAUCAAAAGAGUCAAGAAAGAAGAUAUGAGCAUUUAUACUCUACAACUUCGCAAUACAUUUGGUGAAGCCACCACGACAGUAUCCCUCAUAGUUGGCCGAGAACCUGACAGGCCUGAAGGACCAUUAAUCAUUACCAGCAUUCAACGAGGAGCCCUGAUGAUGGAAUGGAAGCCACCAAAGUAUGAUGGUGGAUUCGAAAUAACUAAUUACAUAAUUGAAUCAUUCGACCCCGUGGAAAGAAUUUGGAAAUCAAUAGCAACAGUGAAUAACCACGUCGUAAAUUACAUUUUCGAUGAUGUGCAGGAUGACGUUGAAUACAUUUUCCGAGUCAUGGCUAAGAAUGAAGUAGGCAUAUCAAAACCACUCGAGUCCAAACCUACUAUGGGUAAACCUUGUUUUGAAAAACCAGGAAUGCCAAGAGGUCCUCUAGAAAUUGCAGGAAUGACAACAACAUCUUUCACACUCAAGUGGAACCCUCCAGAAUCAGACGGCGGUUCUCAUAUUACAGGAUAUAUCGUAGAACGAAAAAGAAUUUCAGAUAAAAAAUGGCAAAAAGUGGGAAUAACAGCAGAUUCUAGCCCUCACAUUGAUGUCUUCGAAUUGAAACCUAAUACGAAGUAUCAUUUCAAAAUAACUGCAAAAAACAAUAUUGGAGAAGGACCUCCAUAUUCUCCAGAAGAACCUAUAAUGCUAGGAGAUCGUAUCACACCACCAGGUAGUCCUAUUGAUUUGACUGUUACAAAUAUAACAAGUCGGAGUGCUACUCUAAAUUGGUCAGCCCCAUUAAGUAAUGGAGGCAGUGAAAUAACUGGUUACGUCAUCGAAUUUACAUCACAAACCGACAAAACUUCAACUUGGAUUAAAGCAGCGACACUAGACGCAACAACUUUCCAAUAUUGUGUCGAAAAUUUGAAGGAAAGCGAAUAUAUAUUCAGAAUAUUCGCAGAAAAUUCUGUAGGAUUGAGUUUACCAACAAUUUCCGAAAGAAUCACAUUGAAAACCCAUGCGACUGUUCCAUCCCCUCCAACAGCACCCCUCGAAAUUAGGCAGAUUGCCGCUAAUACAAUAAUAAUUGAAUGGGGAAGACCCGAAUUCGAUGGAGGAUCGCCGUUAGAAAGAUAUAAGAUUGCAAUUAAAGACACUAAAAAGACCAUGUGGAUCGAAGUCGGAAGUGUUCCAGCUGACGUUCAGAAGCUUCAUGUAAGAGAUUUACAAGAAGGUCAUGAGUAUUGGAUCAAAAUAUACGCCGGGAAUGAAGUGGGCCUUAGUGAGCCUUUAGAAUUGGAUGAACCCUUAAAAAUUGUCGCCGCCUCAGAACUGGGAGUUAUUGAGCCACUGGCGGAAAUUACAGACAGAGGAGAAACUGCUUCAGUGACUUAUAGUACUGAAAACACCAGUUCAUGGCUGAGAGAACACAAUAUGGAUGCAGAUAUUAGCUCAUAUGCACGUGCUCGCCUUUUGAGAAAAGAUGAAUAUUUCUUCAAAAUUUGGCAUUAUGCAAAAAAAUUAUUCCAAUGAAGUGUCACAAAAAACACUGAACGUUAUCGAUUGAAAACUGACAGACGAUUUCAAACUGAGAAAAUGAGAGAAUAGGUAUGAUGAUGAAACUGAUCCGAAAGAAAUUCGUAAAGUACAUAUUUGUACAGAUAAUAUUAAUACGAAUUAACGAGCGGAUAGAACUAUGUAUAGGUGUGAUUACUGAUAUCCAUCAGUUUAUGAAUGUAUUUAUUCCUAAUUUAAUUUUAACAUCUUAACACUCGAAUGCAAUUUUGAUGCAUCAUAUUAAAGUAAAUAUAGCUUAAGGUUUAUUUUGCUAUCAAGUCCUGAUUUUAAAAGAAUUGUUAAGCGACUUGAGAUUAUAUUGAAGAAUAAUGUAAUAUGAAGUGAUAUUGGUUGAUAAUGAGA